GAUUUGCUUUGGCAGUGGUAGAAAGCAGGUUAGUCGACUUUUAAAUCCCAUGUUUCAAAGAAGGAAAUAUCGAGAGACAGGAGAGACUAGGAGACACAGUCAUUGUUUGAAGCAGAGACGAUCUGGAUUGUACAGACUCCGGCACUUUUCUGGUUAAUUCUAUAAAGGGUAUUUUGGAACAAGCCAUCGGGACAAAUAAAAUGCCAAGAGCUCAUCGGGACUCCCCAGCAGCAGGUGGCAUGAGGUGGCACUGGCUGUGGCUGAAAGCGUUGCUCGUUGUCCAGUUUUCUGCAGGUAAAAAAAGUAACUUUGACUACAGAACGUUAACUUUCUGAUAUCUACCUUAACACUCGUCAAAAAAAAAAGUUCAAACAGAGCAAAGUGAAACAGUACACUCUUUGCAAGUCUGGCUUUGUCUAAAGAGCUGACUGUUUACUUAAGGUUAUUUGCAUGAAAAGCAUGGAUUACACUCAGCAAAAGUGGUGGCUGUAGCUUUGUUCUGUUUAAAAUGCAAGUUAUUUGGGGUGAGGUUAAUGAAUCUAUACAUUGUUCUGUCUUCUAGAACAGACACAUAUCGGUAUUUGUCUUUAGGUCAGGAAUCUGUUACAGGUGUACAGUAAGUGUUGGAGAAAUGUCUUGUGGAUUUUAGACGCUAAUAGGUAACCGCCUGGAAAUCACAUUCUCUGCAUUAGUAGCGUGAAACAGUUCUUGAAAUCUUAAUAAAUUUACUGUCUCCAUGUGCCCUGCCCUGUGUUUGAAGUUACCCCCCCUUCUUUUACUUGGUGUCACUUUGAACACUCCUUUCAAACCCCCAUCCUUUAAUUUCACUCAUGUCUGGCCACUUUAUUAUUUCUCUCUUUAAACAAUCUUUGUUCACUUUCCUGAUUAUCCCAAAAUCAUCUUUAAUACUGUUUCCUGUCAUAUUAAAAUUUCUGCCUCUUUGAAUCUCUGCAUAUUGAGCCCCAUUAAUUAUAUAUAUAUAUAUAUAUAUAUAUAUAUAUGUGUAUAACUUUAAUGUAUGUUUUCUAGUGUCUCCCCAACCUCAUUCAGACAUUAUGUAAUUCCCAUACUUUAAAUUCCCCAUAAUAGCACCCUCUCCCUUUAAUUACCAUACUGAAUAUCCCCCCAUUUCCCCGUACUGAAAAUUUCUAAUCCCCCCAUUUUCCAUAUUAAACAUUUUUCCCAAACAGUUCUCUUUUACAAGUGACUUUGAUCACAGAUGGUAGUGAGACUCAGAAUAACCCGAAUACAAAACAUCUGAAUCACAAACAUAUAACCUGUGAAAUAUAUAUUAAUAUAUAAGUAGAUGCAAUUACACAGAACUACCCUACUUAACCCAUACAAGUCACCAUGCCUGUACUGAUUACACGCUUGGAAGCCAUGUCACACAAUCAUGACAGCUGCUAGUAGGGUUUAUGGCAUGCAUGAUUUGUCUUUAUAAUUUGAGAUAAUUUCUUGUAAAACAAAAAAAAGGCCAGCCCUGAUGGAAAUCUGUAAUUAAAGAUUUAUGUGUAUACAUGCUUGCUGGACUGGGAGAAUGAAAUUAGUUAUAAAGAUAUAAAGCAGCAAAGUCAGUGUCAGGGCAGGCCGAUGUAAUAGAAUUAGAUGUAAACUCAAUGUCAGGGCAGCAGGCAGGUGAGAGUAUAUAGAAUUAGAUGUAAACUCAAUGUCAGGGCAGCAGGCAGGUGAGAGUAUAUAGAAUUAGAUGUAAACUCAAUGUCAGGGCAGCAGGCAGGUGAGAGUAUAUAGAAUUAGAUGUAAACGCAAUGUCAGGGCAGCAGGCAGGUGAGAGUAUAUAGAAUUAGAUGUAAACUCAAUGUCAGGGCAGCAGGCAGGUGAGAGUAUAUAGAAUUAGAUGUAAACUCAAUGUCAGGGCAGCAGAAAGAUGGGAGUACAUAUGUCAGAUGUAUACACAAUGUCACAUUAGCAGACAGGUGAGAGUACAUAUAUUAAUGUAUACUCAAUGUCAGGGCAGCAGGCAGGUGGGAGUACACAAGUCAGAUGCUAUCUCAAUGUCAGGGCAGCAGAUGUGUCAGAUACAAUCUCAAUAUCAGGGCAGCAGACAGGUGGGAGUACAUGUGUCAGAUACAAUCUCAAUAUCAGGGCAGCAGACAGGUGGGAGUACAUCUGUCAGAUACAAUCUCAAUAUCAGGGCAGCAGACAGGUGGGAGUACAUGUGUCAGAUACAAACAAUGUCAGGGCAGCAGACAAGUGUCAGAUGCAAACUCAGUGUCAGGGCUGCAGGUAGGUUGGAUUUUCUGAAGAAAAUGCCAUUUCAGGUAAGCUGGUAUUGGCAGGAUUGUCUGUCAGACAGCGUGGAAGUGGGACUAUCCGGUAUCUCAGGGCAUCAGUCUGAUAUGAGUACCUGUUGUAGAAAGAUGUCAGGCGAGCAAGCAGGUGUGAAUGGCAGGUGUUAUAAACACAAAUCCCAUGACAGGGAAGAAGGUGGCAAUUGCCAUAUUAUAAGUAUAUAUUCUUUUAAAGGAUGUUCUGAAUGUGUUGCCACCCAUCUCCCUUCCUAAAUCAAGUAAUAUGCUUGAUAAAUCACAUCAUGAUAUACUUAUGUUAGAGUAGUAAGAAAAUAAAUUAUAUUUACUAGACAAUGAAAUCAUGUUACUUUGCUUAUAUAGGUAAACAAAAAUAUAAUGAGUGGUCUUGAGUAAGAGCUAGAUUCUAUAAGUUUCCUGUAGACGUCAAUGAGAGAACUUCCACUCUGUUAUCAGACUUGAUGGAACCCAGCCAUACUAUUAGAAUCUAGCACUAAAGAUUAGCAAUAUUGUCUUUCUUAUGGUAAAUAGACCUUUUGAGUGAGAUACAUUUUGGUCACUGGUUGGUGGUUUGCCUCGUUACGUCAGAGGCCAGUGAAUUUCUAGAAGAAAGAUUUGGAGAAGUACAGGCCUUUGCACCUUACUCUAUAAUAGCAAUUGGAGAACCUGGAUUUGGAAAUAGCAGGUGCUAUUGUGGUAUAUUAAAAACAAGACAUGUUAUUAAUAGCGUCCAUUACUAAAUAUGUUAUACAAAGCAUUAUAAAGGAAAGUAUUUCAGUUACUUGGCUGUAUUCCUUGGUCCAUCCCCAAGUGUUUUGUUUCCCUCUACCUUAAACUCACCCGAAUUAAACAAAUAUGAGGCAAUGAAACCUCUUGUGUUGAAAACAAACAAAGAACAAAAGCCUGUCUGCAUUUAAUGUGUCCCUAAUCCUUGUAAAAUGCACAGGUAGGUUAUCCCUGCUUCUUAAUGAUUCAUACAAUACCCUGUAAGGUCAGAUAUGUAGCACGUAAACACAUAGUCCUGCUUGAUCAUCUGAGCAGCUGAUUGACAAUAGGUGCAACAGGAUAUAUUUGAAUAAGAAAACAAAACACAACACAAAACAGGCGAAUAAAAUAGUUCUACAGUUGAGUGGUUCCCAAUCUGCGAUUACAAAAGUCCAGUUAACAUUGGUGUCCUUGAAGGAACAGAACUGCGAAAUGAAUUAAUCCUGGACAGGUUCUGUGCCUUGAGGAUUAGGUUUGGAACCACUGCAAUGGAUCAUAUUUAUAGAGAAUGAACACUUAUCGUUAUAGAGGUCAGAGAUAACGGCAUCUUAAAUGAUUUUCUCAGCCAGUCAUCAAUCUACAAUCACACAACUGUAACAUAUUGAGAGUAGCCAAGGGAAAAAAAUGUCUGUUUCCACAUACUAUGAAUAAUAAUGGGUAUUGUAUAUGUGAAAUUUAUUGCGAAGUAUAUAAAGUAUAAAUGUAUAUACAAGAUAUCUUAUACUGCAAAACAGACUAACAGAAACGUUUGGUUUGGCUAGUGAUAGAGGAUAGAAAGGCAAUAGGUGCUGAGUGUAGGUAAUUUUACAAAUGUUGCAAUAUUGUUUAGAAUGCUAAAUUCCUCUCAUUUAAUUAAGCUGAUUUCUCAUUCUGAAUGUGACAUCAUUUUAGAACACUGCAUUCUUACUUAGAAAUUGGUAUUUUUUGGUAUGGUGUAUUGUCAUUUAGCAUUUCUAAUCAUUUAGGACAUAUUCAUUUUCAUAAUUUGUUAGAAUGUAGUGUUGUAUCAUUCAAAAUGUUGCAUUUGUAUUCAGAGCUGUGUUCUAUAAUUCAGAGUGCUGUGUUCAUUUAACCCCUCAAGGACCAAACUUCUGGAAUAAAAGGGAGUCAUGACAUGUCAUGUGUCCUUAAAAUCUGUUAUCAUUGCAAAUAUUGGAAUCUCCCUUAAAUGAUACUCAUAUCACGCAGAGAGUGGGGUUCUCUAUUAGAAUGUCAAAUUUGUGUACACUAAGUAUACAUUGAGAAACUGUAUCAUAAAAUAAAAUAAAAUGCAUAUUUGUCCAUUGGAAGACUGGAGCAACCAUGUGCAGUCAAUGUCUGUCCUGCAUGUUUAUGUUGGACUCUGUACUCUAAUUAACUAUGAAUCAGAUAACUUAAAACAAUGUCGAGGACAAUAAAUCUCAAUGUGUUUCAGAAUAGAUUGAGCAUUUUUUUUUUAUAUGUACAGGAACCAGUCAAAUAAGAUUGCAAUAGGACUGUAGAAGAAUGCCAGCAAUGCACUAAUUAUUUACUCCUAACAUUUUUUUAACAAAUUAUUAAUUGCUGAUAUUUAUCUUAAUAUUUGUUUUAUGGAAAUAAACAAAAAGUCCCUCAAUUGGAUAGAUCCUUUAAAACACUCCAGAUAUAAACACAAAUUUAUAGAUUAUUUCUUGUCCAUAUUUGCUAGUUUAGUGUCCUCUUUGGCUGAAUUAGGUAAAACCCUAAAAACUGCCCCUCUCUUUCUAUACUCUUUCCCAGAUUAAAAUCACAGUGUCCUCCCAGUUUUACAUCAUCUCCAGAGUAUGACUUUCACAAACAGGGCGAGAGGUUUAAAAGAAGUGACAGGAGGCGUUCGUAAAAACAUGUUUCUAAAUGAACAUGAUAACAAAAGCAGUCACACCCUAUAAUAAUCCCAAAAGAGCCCAAACGCCAUUCAUUUAAAGACCCAGCAUAUACUAAAGUUGCAUGCUGGCUAUUCAAUGGUUAAUGCAACUCAUUAACAUUUAAAGGGUGUGCUGAAUAUUUAAUAACUUGUUUUUCCAAAAAACAAAUACAAUUGUAUUUCCACAGGUCUUUAUUUUAAAAACAAUUAUUCAGUUUCAAUAGAGUAGUCCAGGAUUUUGAUGAAAAGUGUGAGUGAGAAGGUUGUGCAAAAGGCUACAAGAAAUAUAUGGUGCCAAAGCCAUUCAUUUGAAGUAUAUAGGAUUUGAGGUUUUUAACACUACAUUCAUUUAAACCCCUAUAGUUAACAAAUAUGCAUUUGUAAGGUGUGAAUAAUAAAAUUAAUCUUAAAUAUCCACGCCUCUUUAUUCUGCAACUUUGGACCUCCAGCUUAACUUCCUGUCAAUCACUGUUUUAAUUCCUGUCAGUCUGCACAGAGAAAGCAUGCAGAGAAGAGGAGAAAUGAAACAAUGAGGGAAGGAUAUAAAAAAAAUCAUGAUCUGAAAACAAUUUUAAAUUAAGGUGCUAGAAAUGAGGCAAUCGCCAUGGAAACCGGUAAAACAGAUUCCAGUGGUGACUUCUCCCGUUUUACAUUUUUUAAGCACUUUCCAGAACAUGACAAUGUAAUAAAUAUCUGCCAGUGUUUCUAUGUCUCCUCACGUGCAGUGUGUAGCUUGGUAUUAGUGCAAUGAGUCUUUAAUAUAAAUGUAAAAAACAAAAUUGAGCAUCAAAUGGAAAAAAGUUAACACACGUUAUAGGUGAUUUUCAAAGACCAUGAAUCUGGUAUUAGGUUAAACAGAUGUAAAACACACUUAGGGUGCUCACAACAGACAUGUACGACACGACCAGGAAGCCUAAACCCCAUGUGACCCUAUAUCCCAGUGGUUUUGGGUGAGAGAAUAUGGAAGCCUGUGGUACCUUGGCAACUCUUUGCCUACAUCUUAAACUUUAUUGCAGGCAGGAUAUAUGAUGUCAUAUACAGAAAACUCAUUCACUAUCUAUACAGGAUGAAAUAGCUCACGGGUUGGAAAAAAUUUCAGUAUCGAACCUCAAGUGUGAAAGUGCAUUUGAAGCAAGAAAACACACACUUUGGCUACAGACUACUUGUUACGCAUUGCUCAAUAAGUGAAUAGAAAAAAACAAAAAAAAACAACCAAAUUAGACAAUUUUAUAUCUUACAAGCCUACAUAAUCGCCUGCUUCAUAUAAAACUCUGCAGGUUCAGUCACUUCAUAUGGCUAUACACUGUCAAGUCCCACUGCUUUUUGAAAAAAAUAAAAAUAUUUAGGAGUCCUACUCCUACCCUUAUUUUACCACAGUAGAUAAGCAUGAUAGCUUACUUGGUGCUCAAACUGUUCGAAAAGCUCCUCCCAAAAUAUUUGCCCUAUUGUGUUUACUUUUAUUGGGGCACUGUGUGUGGAAGGUGGCUGAAGACAAUUUGCGCAGGUUAAACAGGCUCAAGAUAUGAUAUAAGGUUUAAUGCUUGUUAUAGGGACAGACACGUUGUAUGAAUUUACCAUAUUUAAUAAUGUAGCACUGCACACAUACACAGGGUAUUUCCUCACAAUCACUCCUUGGGAUAUACAGGUAGUUUAUGCUCUUACACAGCGUGCUUAUGUUCCCAAUUCACACUUUGAUGCUUUUGCAGAUAACGAUAAACCAAACUUACUCUCUCAGUAAAGAUAAACAAUAAAUACGAUUUUCCUAUUCCUGUUUGUACAUACUUUUGGUCACGGUAUAAUGAGUUCAGCAGAUAUUAUCAGACGAUUUACUGCUAGAGGUAUUCACCUAACUCAUCUUAUAGAAUUUUACCAGUGAAUUUAAAAUUUCAGGCCUGAAUAGCCAAACUAGAUACAUUCUCAGUCAACUAUGUUUCCAGCUCAGAUAUUUUGGCCUUAAAUUUGUAAUUCGUUGUCAGUUUAGUUAAUUCAAUAAAGUAACAAGUAAUACAAAUCACAAAAAUAUGGUACAGAAAUUCUAUAAACCCAGUGAGAAUCUGUGAUAAGUGUCAGUGAGCUCCCCCUAGAGGAGAUGGUUAUACUGAGCCAACAGUGAUUGGAACAGACAGUUAAGAGGUCAUAUAUGAUGAGAUCUUGAGGCCAGAUAUAGAAAAAGGGGUGUAAUUCACAUUUUUAUUGAAUGAACUUGAAUGUGUAUUUAGAUACAAAGGUACAAUGCAUUUUCAUCUCCUCUUAAUUACACAUCAUUACCUCUAUAGUGGUUAGGCCCUUUUAAAAUACUUUAAUAUACACAAAGUGAACAAAAAUUAUUUUUUGUAGCAAGGUAUUCAUAAGUGAUGCAACAUUGCUUUCCUUUUUUGGUUUACAAAAUAUUCACAUUGUCUCAUCAUCUGUUGAUGAUAAUGCUGUGAUUUAUUCAUACAACCUGUAGAUUCAAUGGAAAACGUCACAGAUAUUGGCUCUAAAGUGAUACGCAUUGAUGUAACAAUAAUUCUGCUUUGGAUUAAGGAAUUUUUAAUAGACACCUCCCUUGCAUUUACUUCCAGUAUUACUGGUUUGCCUUGCAAGAGACAUGAUUCUCGGGUGGGAAUAAAAAAUAUAUGAAAAAAAAGACAUAUGCACAAAAUAUAUCUACACAAUGUCUGAUAGAGAUGCCAGGGACUUUCACUUGAUUGCUCACCGGGUACACUUGUGUUGAUUAGAUAUAUAGUCACAAGGACUCACAGAAACUUGUUUUGUUUGCAGUCUAGAGAGAUUUAAUACAAGGUGGGUGCCAGGACCGGAUAUGUCCCCAAGGUGGUUGUCUGUGAUAACUUUAAUUUGGCAAAAAAGAAAGGUUCUGGACACAUUUGAGGUGGGAUUAAGAUGUCCCCUUCAAGUCCCAGAUAAUAUAGAUCUCCACCCUUCCUCCGACUGCCACCUACAUGGGGAACAUGAAUCUUUUCAAGUGGGGCUCCACCCUGCUUGCUCACACGGUUAUUAUUCAGCAGGUCUACUCUGAUAUAAGGCGUUCUAACCCAACCCAGAAACACCCUCUCCCUAUUGUUUUGGAUGUUGUGUUUACAUGUUGGAAGCUCGAAUAUUUCCUAAUAAUCAUGGUAUUUUUAUUCAACAUUGAAUAUACCCAUUUUUUCUUGGCAUGCCUUCUCUGUGUAUUGUGGUAGAUUUUGUACAUAUUAAUUAAAAGGAGAGAGGAAGUAUGCAGGCCAUUAUAUCAUAAACACAUACUGUAUGUGCUGGAGUGUAUAUUCACAGAGGGUGUGUGCAUACUUGGGAAUCUCUACAUACACAGGCAUUAGGGGAAGUGAACCGCCUAGGGAUUCAAGAAAAUUCCAUCAUUAAAUUGCUAUGAAGUCCCCUCAGAUGAAGGUAUAGAGUAAGCUUUGUGCUGCUAACCACUGGCAGUUAGUGAAUGGGAAAGUCCCCAAAAUAUACAGUAUGUUGUGUAUUCAUACAGUAUAUUAGUCUCUCCCAUGUUUGAAAAUUACAGUGAUACGUGAUUAAUUUUACUGAUUUAAGGUAUGUCAAUUUAUUGUUUAACUCAUCUCCUGCUCAGAGUAAUGUCUUAUUUCAUUUCUAUAUUUCUUUCAAUAAAGGAUAAGCAGAGUAACUACAGCACAUACACGGUAGUUGCUGUGAUAGACAGCAGGAGAACCGGCUGUAGGAGGGUUCUCCUGCUUGUCCCUAUCACUAAGUUGGCAGCAUCUGGCAGAGUUUAUAUUUUGACAUAAUUUGCCAAGUGACAGACCUUUUUUCAUUUUAUGGGGGGUUUAUUUAAAAAAUGACAUAUUUGCUGAUAACUGUACUAGUACAACGCAGAAAAUGUAUUAGAGUGAUCUGGGAAAGUAUAUAUUUUGGUGGGGUCUAAACCUGUUUGUUUGUUUAAGUGUUUUAAACAUAAAAUUUUUUCUAUCAUUUAACCAACAAUUUGAUCGUCCAUGUAAGAUUAAAGGAUCACAUAGUGGUUUUCCUGACACUAUAGUGCCAUGAGGGUGCCCCCAACCUCAGGGUCCCCCUCCUGUGGCGCUGAAGGGGUUAAAGCUAGUGACCUCUCCUCCCCCGCCGACGUCAGCUCCCCGAAUGCGCAUGCGCGGCAAGUGCCGUGUGUGCUUUCAAGCUGUCAAUAGGAAAGCAUUUUUCAAUGCUUUCCAAUAGACGCUCUGCGUGAUGGAGGAAUAAUAUGCCUCCAGCGUUGCAGAUGCGCCUCUAGUGGCUGUCCAGAAGACAGUCACUAGAGCCUGGAUUAACCCCAAAUGUAAACAUAGCAGUUUCUCUGAAACUGCUAUGUUUGCAUCUGAAAGUUUAAAACCUGAGGGACCUGGCACCCAGACCACUUCAUUGAGCUGAAGUGGUCUGGGUGACUAUAGUGUCCCUUUAAGCAUAUAAUACAAAUAUACUGCACAUAUUCGGGAUCUCACUUGCUCCACUGAAAUAAAAGCGGUGUGACGCUACUUUUUAACUUGCAGAAGAUGCAGAAAUAGUAAACUAAAUUGUAUAUAGACUGCAAGAGGAAAAAAAAAUACCAAUGAAUUCAUGCCAGAAAAAAAUCUUACAUUAAUCAAACCACUGUUAAAAUAAAAUUUUGUUUACCUCAUCAGGCAUUCUUUAAUGUUGCACGUACAUAAAUAACCUUUCAGUUUUUUUUUGUUUAGUAACUACCAAUGUUAUUUUGUUUUAUUUGGGAGAUUUACAAUGUAAACAAACAAUUUGAAUAUUGAGUAUCCAAUUAUCUGUUAAUUAUUUUCUGUUUCCAAGAAAAUAAUUACCUUUGUUUACUGAAGGUAUUGUGCAGAACAAAUCUGUUUAACCCCUUAAGGACACAACUUCUGGAAUAAGAGGGAAUCAUGACGGAAUAUUUCCGUCAUGUGUCCUUAAGGGGUUAAUGGAUAAACAUACACUAUGGUGUAGAACAAUGCUAAAUAAUAAGAAGUGUAAAACAAAUAUUUCAAUUAGAAUUUACUGUUAAGAAUUAAAUAUAAUUCUUUAAUGUCAUCACAAAUAAAAAGUGAGACGUGUAGUGCCCAGUGAGUGAUGGUACUGGAGCUGGUAGGGCUGUACUCAGGUAUGGUACUUGAGCCGGCAGUAUGGUAACAGCUCAUGCUGGUAUCAAAUAAUAGGGUAGUGGUAGGCAACCUUUGGCACUCCAGACGUUGUGGACUAUAUCUCCCAUGAUGCUUUGCCAGAAUUGUGCCUGUAAGAGGAUUGUGGGAGAUGUCGUCCAAAACAUCUGGGGUUUAUGCACAUCCAAUGCAUAGACUGGAUGUGCAAUAUGUAAUGAGAAAUGGUGUGUGAGCACAGAGAAGAACAAAGGGUCAUAUGUGGAUGUAGCUAAAUUGCUGUACCUUUUCCUUAUUUUGUUUCCCUCGUUAGUAUGUCUGCUCCUUUAACAUGCCCACCGCGUUCACAAAAAAGAGCAUCAUAAAAAACACAGUUCUUAAAAAUCUAGGUAAAUGUGGCCACUAGUAAUGAUGAUUAACCAUAACACUAUUUAUGAUGUUGGAACACACUUCCAAGUUCCAACCUCCUAAACCAGCCUAAAAGAUCAGAUUUCUGAAAAAUAGACGUGACUGCAUGUCAUUUGUAUACAGGGCAUGUAUAUAAUGUGUGAAUGUGGGAAAUAGCUGGUGGGUGAAUUUUACUGCCUAGGUGAAUAAAUAUAGGUUGUUAAGCGCGUGAGCUAUGACUGAGUGGGUUGGAAGGUGUACGUGACUAAGUGGGUAGAGAUGUGUGAGCAGGGAAGUAGAUGAUGUGGUUGGUGAGUGUAGCUGUGAGGAGGCAUGUGACUGGGUGCAUCAUUAUGACUAGGUUACUAAAUAUAUGUAAUUUGGUGAAUGUGGCUAGGUGGGUAGCUGAAUGUGGCUGUAUGCGUUAUAUGAGUGGUUGAUAUUAUAUAUCAAGUUGGGAGAAAGCAGGAUGCAUGUCAGGUGGCUCAUACUAAAUGGAGGUAUGUGAGAGACAGGUUCAGUGUGCAUUACAGCCACAUACAUUGUUUACAAGCUAGUUGGGUGGCAAUAGGAUCCACAGGAGCUGUAGCAUAAAUCCUACAUACACGAGACACUUGGAUGCACUGCACCUUGUUUACCCCCUUAGUUCACCCUUUGUGAGCAGUGCACAAUUACUAAUGUUGUGUGGCAGAGAUGGAUUUUCAGUGUGUGAUAAAAACCCUCAUCAUUGGGUUCCCAUCCCAUGUAGGAUGCCAGUGGGUGGGGAAAAAGGAACGGGCAGUGACACAAAUUGCAGUGGACCAACCUGGCACGGUGGUGGGCCCACCCAAAAAACUAGCAGGUCAAUAUGGAGUAAAUACAUGCCAGCAUGCAUGCCAAUUAAACUGACCAGCUGUUUCAGAGUCUUUGUGGGGCCCUAGUGCCCUAAGUGUAGUGUGAGCGUGUGUGUGCUUGUGUGACCCUUUAUGAAGACAGUUCUAUGAUGUACCUACAAACCUAUACAGCCACCAGGAAAAAAGGUAGGGACAACAGAACUGUAAUGGUGUAGUGUGAAUGGCAGAGUGGUAUUCAGUAAUAGUGCAUGAGACAGGGCUGGUGUGUCUAUUAAAGGGAUACUGUAGUGCCAGGAAUACAAAGCUGUAAUCCUGGCACUACCGAUCCUUCUGCCCACCCCCCUCCCUCCCGGUAAAUAAAGGGUUAAAAACCCUUUAUUUACUUACCUUAUCCCAGUGCCGAUGUCGCUCGGCACUCGGUCCGCCCCCUCCUCUGUCCUGCGACGAGCGGGGUCUAAUGCGCAUGCGCGGGAAAUGCCGCACGUGCAUUAGACCUCCCCAUAGGAAAGCAUUGAAUCAAUGCUUUCCAAUGGGGAAAAAUCUGACACUGGAUGUCCUCAUGCAGAGCGUGAGGACGUCCAGCAUCAGAUACCGGACCAAAAGUCUGUUACGAUUCCGGAAGCGCCCCCAGACAGCCACUGAGGGCAGACUGAGAGCUGCAAUGUAAACAUUGCAGUUCUCUGGAACUGCAGUGUUUUACAUUGCAGCACUAGGUUCAAAAGGGACAGCACCCAGACAACCUCAAUAAGCUGAAGUGGUCUGGGUGCCUACAGUGUCCCUUUAAGUGAAGAGGUUUACAUUCACAGUGUGUAAUGGAGUAAAGGAGUUUGAACUGACAAUGAUGGGUACAGUAAAUAAUGGUUAGUGAGCUGACAGUACAGUGACAAGUUGCACAUACAUUUUUAGAGUUAUUCAGGUGGUAGUACUGGCAGUCGGUAAUGGUAUAUGAGAUAGUUAUGCAAUCCUCAGUAAGUGAUGUGGAGCUGUCAUCACACUCCACAUUGAGCAUUGGUGAGUAAGUAAACCAACAGUAAUGGUGGCUGAGUUAGUAAUGCAGCACACAGUGAGUAUUCGUCCGUGAACUGCCAAUGCAAUGCAUAGUGAAUAAUGAUGAGUGAGUUAAAUAAUACAGUGCACAGUGAGUAAUAGGGAGUGAGCAAUGCAGUGCACAAGGGUUUAUAGUGAAUCAGUUUGCAGUGUUGGGCACAUGGAGUAAUAAUGAGUGAGUGAGCUAGCAAUGCAGUCCAUAUUAAAGCAUGGUGAUGAGAAUUAUCUAUAAUAUGGCAUAUUGUUUGUCAAAUUUCAUUAUAUCUUAGUCUUGGUUGCUGUAUAAUAAUUGCAGAUCAAAUCGACACUGCAGGAACUCUUACAAUUUCAUCUCAUUGACUUGGUUGUAGUGAUUGGAGUCCCCUUGUAUGAUUUUCAAGCAGUUUAACACUACGUAAGGUUCCCUGGCCCCCACUGGAGGUAUGGCUAAGGCAGAGAAUACACACUUCCUUGUAGCUAUACCAGCUCAUACCAGCAGUGGGCGUUGUGAAAGGCUAAAAUUGCUCAGCUGACAUGCGGAGCCAAUCACAGCCACCCAUUGCUACUCAAGCUAAUACUUUCUCUUUAGCCCAAGCAGCAGGGGUGGGCUGCUGAAGACUCUAGUUUAGCAUUAAAACCUUUUCAUUCUGAAUGGAAAGAUGGCACCAGAGGACACUAUAACCACUUCAAUUAGAAGCAGUUACAGUGCCUGCAGUCUGUUGCUGACUAGGACAGCCAUUGCAGAGUCAGUGAGCUAGGGCAGUGUCAAUGCAUUAUCUGACAUCUUGAGAGAACUUGUGCAACAAAGCAUGAAGCAGUUUUGAGGCAUCAAUUAAUUUUAUUGCAGCCCUCAGGCUUGUGACAUUUUCCCUUUUUCUAUUAUCCUAUUAUGAUGCCUGAAUUGGCGUGCAAAGCUUUGUUACAUCUCAGAAGGUUCGGUUACAAUUUUCCUCUGGCAAUGUUGUAAAUUUUGGUUUACAAGAAAUUUUGUUUAUCGGAGGUAUGAUGACAGAGCUUGCAGGUUUACUAUUGUGUGUCUAUCAUUUUUAGAAGAGAAGAUAUUAUUUAAUAUAAUAAGGUUAAUAUUUGCUGUCGGAUCUGUAUGGUAAAUAAUUUAUAUCACAAAGGGACUUCUUAUGUACCAGGGGGGAUAAACUACAACAGACAUUACCUCAAAACAGCAGAACAAAUGUAUAGGGAUCAAUGAUGGUUCCAAAGCAAUUCUCUGUGUUUGUAAUCAAUAUUCUGAAAGCACUGCUUUAAAUAAACGAAUAAAUCAUGGGGCAUUGAAUGUAAGUAAUAGUGGAUAAUAUAUAUAUAUAAUUUAUUUUUUGCUUAUAAUUAAAGGGCGUAAAUAAAACAUUAAUUUUAAAUCACCUACAAACUGUGUUAACCUUUUUUCAUGAUAUGCUCUAUUUUCCUUUAAAUUCGUGUUUUAGGCUUUGCAAAUGACACCUCAAACGAGUUAAGGCAAGGCAAAGCCAAUGCUUAGUUGCGAAUGUAGAGGGGAAAUAGAAACGUUGUUUCAUUUCUCACCUUCUUUCUAUGGUUUCUAUAUGUAGACUUCCUGCUGCUAGCUAGAGAGCUUGUAACAUUGAUUGACAGGGAGCUAAGAUGGAGGCGCCCAGUUGCAGGAUGAAUAGGUGUGGAUUUCUACUUUUAACUACAUUUUUCACACUUCAUAUAUACAGAUUUGUUAAACGGGGGAUAAGUAAACAUAGUGUUAAAAAUUCUGAGAAGUGACAGUUUCCCUUUAACCCCUUAAGGACACAUGACAUGUGUGACAUGUCAUGAUUCCCUUUUAUUCCAGAAGUUUGGUCCUUAAGGGGUUAAAGAGACACUCUAAUCACCAUGACCACUAAAGGUUAGUAUUACGGUGUUAGUAGUAUAUGGAUACAUUCUGACAGUUUUGAGGUGGUUUGACAUAAAACAGGACUCUAAAUGACCCAAUCUGAACAUCAAUGACCUAUUUAGACCACUAAACUAACCUUCCCCUAGGACUAGGUAUCCAUUCUCUGCAUUAUUGCUGAGGGUGAAGAGCAGGUGGUUUGUGGAUUAGUGAUUUUACAAAAUCAGGGUAUGGUGCGCAUAGUUUUAUAGCACAAUAAGCAUGACAAUGAGCUGUAGAUAUUAAGGUGCUUAGGAUCCCUUCCACUAAGAUGAAAGUUAUGCGAAUUAACAGAAGGAUUGCAGGUUUAGGCCAAAGGAGUUUGAAAGAUACCAGAGUUGCAGAUUUGUCUGCACUUUAACCACUUGUCAUGCCUCCUGCCCUACCUGGACGCUGGUGACACAUAUUUUUCUGGCAUCAGUUGUGAUGUAGGCCAUUCUUAUUGGCACUCUGUCAUGCACAAUGACAUUUGCUUUAUUUUUUUGAUGCUGUACCCGUCCUCGUCAUUCCAGCUACGCAAGUCGUGUGUUUCUGAUUCAUUUUUGAAGCGCACCUAUAGGAAAACCUAUAUAUAAGGGAUCUGUCCUCUUUGCCCUGUCAUGGCCUCUGUUACUCGAGAGUGUGUUUGGACUUGUGAUGAGCGAUUUUGUUUCUGACUCGGCUUUGAUCUCUGACUACUCUGACCUCUGGAAUCUCUGACUUUGGCUCUAUUUAACCAUUCUGCCCAUUCUUUGUACUUCUUGAACCUGGACUAUUUACUCACGUCUGUUGCAGACUGUAUUUUACACUUCCAUAUGUUACGGCUGUCCACCUUGAGAAUCAGUAAUAAUUCUUUCACGUAGUGCAGGAUACUCAUAGCCCUGAGGUUUGCGUAUUGGGGUGUUUAGCCUUGACACAACUUGGUUGGAGAUUUUUUUGCAAUUCAUCCACUUUGGCCCAAACAUUGCAAUACCCACAAUUCCAAAUUUAGUAAAUAAAUCUCAUAGCUUAUCAUCACCACAUCUGCCUCUGUUUCUUGCUCAGGCACAGCUACCUGAGCCCAUUGAACACUUUUAUCUUAAUACAGAUAAAAGGUUUGGGUAAUUUCCUCUGGGCACCAGGCCCAAAACACUUUAGUGAUGUUUUAGCAAUUAAUACCCACAACAUUUUGCAGAUUUCAGAAAAAUUCUCACCUCCGCCUGGGAUUAAAUGGUAUUUAUCGUGGUAUCUAUCAAUUGUUGUUUGAUACAAGUCACAGUAGUUCUAAGCUUCCAAGUCACAUUGCUCUUUAAUUAAAGGCCAAGGAAUUUCCAUUUCACAUGGGGUGGCAAAUGCUUUUAUUAAAUGUAUCAAACAUUCCUACUAAGUAAUCUUUAUAAUACUCAAUUAAAUGAAUUCAGUCAUAGAGAAAGAUCUCUUCUUCCACAUGUACCCACCCAUGUUAAGCUCCUGUUUGGAUAUGGGAUUUCCUGAUUUCUCAGAGUGUUGACCUAUGUACUCUUUCCCAAGUCUCUAAAGGUUCCCAGUGCAUAAUAUCUGCUUUGCAUACAGAUCGCUCGUACAGAAUUAUAAGAGAAACAUAAACAAUAAACACAAUAAGUAAUAUUUGAGGGCUAAUGUAUGUAAGCAUGCAUAUAUGUAGCUCACAAUUUCCACUUAGCCUUUGGCUAGUGAAAAUUUAGCCCUGGCAUGUAUUCUAUAGCCCAGGGGUGGGCAAUCUGCGGCCCUCCAGAUGUUUUGGACUACGUCUCCCAUAAUGCUCUUAGGGCCAUAAUGCUAGCAAAGCAUCAAGGGAGAUGUAGUCCAAAACAUCUGGAGGGCUGCAGAUUGCCCACCCCUGCUAUAGGCUAUUGUGGCCUCUUUGUAGCAUAGAACUGCAGAUUGUAAACCCUGUGCAUGUACGUAUAUAUAAAAGAAACCCUGCCUUCAAACCUGCUUACAUCCCAAACUCAUAGCCCAACCAUGUAAAAACAUCCCAUAUAUUUACCCUUUAAAGAAUAAAAUGUAAACCAUCUGACAGUAAUUACUACAACGCUUUACAUUCACUUUACAGAUUCUCAAACCCAGCGACAGCAAAAAGACUAAGAUGGCUUUGAAGCAAAUGUUAGAUUUUGAGCUGGCAGAAUUGUACAUUCUGGUCAGUUUUUGUAUUAAUCCUAAAAGUGAUUAUUUCCUUUUCACAUUUUUUCCCCAGUACACAUACAUGAAAUGGUAAAUACAAAUUUUGCAACAAAAACAGGAAAUAACUCAAUACAUCCUACAGUGCCCUCCACAAAAAUUGGCACCCUUGCUAAAUAUGAGCAAAGAAGGGUGUGAAAAAUUGUCUUCAUUGUUUAACCAUUUGAUCUUUUGUUAACAAAAAUACUCUGUUUACACAACAGAGAUUUAUGAUUUAAAAAAAAAAUAAAAAAAAUAAAAAAAAAUAAAAAAAAAAUAUAUAUAUAUAUAUAUAUAUAUAUAUAUAUAUGUAUAUAUAUAUAUAUAUAUAUAUAUAUAUAUAUAAAAACAAACUAUAAACAGAUAGCACUCCAAGGACUUGUUAGUAUGAUGAAAAAAAGUAUCAACUUAGCUUUUAUUCAGCAGUAUGCCAUAGUGAAACAACGUUUCAGUUGCCAGUGGAACUGAAAUGUUGUUUCACUAUGGCAUACUGCUGAAUAAAAGCUUAGUUGAUACUUUUUUCAUCAUACUAACAAGUCCUUGGAGUGCUAUCUGUUUAUAGUUUGUUAUAAUUUUGCUGACAAGCACCGGGCUAAUUUUAUUGCUUAUACUGGAAUGCAAGCAUUGGAUAUUUUAUAUACAUAUAUAUCUAUAUCUAUAGAUAUAUAUAUAGAUGUCUCUCUCUAUAUAUACAUAUAUGUGGCGCCCCUAUGAAUUCAUAUGAGAAAAAUAUAUUAUAGAAUAUUCCCAUUGACAAUUUAGAUUUUUAGUACACCUGGGCAAUUAAGGACAGAAAAUGAUUUAACCAUAACUUCCUGUUUCACAGGGAUGUAAAUAUGAGGAAACACAUAGGCCAAAAUCUCUUACACAUUCAUCACAAUGGGUAAGACCAAGGAAUAUAGCUGUGAUGUGCGGCAAAAAGGUUGUUGAGCUUCACAAAAUGAGAAGUGGCUAUAAGAAAAUAGCAAAACCAUUGAAAAUGCCAACUUCCACCAUCAGGGCAAUACUUAAGAAGUCAACUUGAAAUAUUAUCAAUCAACCUGGAAGAGGACGUAUCUAUAUUGUCUCAUUGCACUGUCAAGAGGAUGGUUCAAGUGGCCAAAUAAAUCUCCAAGAAUCAAAGCUGGAGAAUUGUACAAGUUGGUUGUGUCUUGGGGUUAGAAAGUCUCCUAAACUAUAAUGUGACAUCACCUACAUCACCACAAGUUGUUUGGAAGAGUUUCAAGAAAAAAGCCUCUAAUCUUCUUGACACUAUUGGAACUUCAGGUGUUUUCACCGAAAGGUUUUUUUUUUUUUUUUUUUGUGUUGCAAUUGUUUGAUAGCCACAAGAGUAGAGUAUUGUGUAAGAUCAAAACGUUAAACAGUAAAGACAAAUUUUCACAGCUUUCAUUGCGCAUGUUUUUCGAGUGCCAAUAUUAGUGGAGGACACUGUACCUGCAUGGUAAUUAGUUAAAAGAACUCUUUAAGAACCAAAACCACUUUAUCCUAAUGCAGUUGUUUUGGUGCAGAGAUUAUAUCAUUUUACAUGGAAAAAGUAAAACAGCGCCCUUUCUAAAUAUUAGCAAUUUUUACAUUUGUCUGAGAACACACCUCUUGAGGCUGUCAAAUUUACAGCCAUCAGAGACACUUUUUCCUUAAGGCCUUCAAUUUUCAAAGGUCUUCACUUACAACAUGAUGACACCAAAAGCAGCUAAUACUUAUAUAGAGAAGCAUUGGAUUCAAAGCUUCUCUAUGCGAAGCAAUAGAACGGCAGAUUGUCCUAUUUCUCCAAUGCUUCUCUACUCCAUAAUCAAUCCUGAUGACACACUAAGUCUUCAUUGAAUACUAUUCUACCAAUCUACUUCCCUUACCUUUUGUGUCACUUUCCCACACUCCCUCCUUCAUGUAAGCUCAUUGAGCAGGCCACUCAACCCCUUGUUUCUGUGCGUUAAACUUGUCUGGUUACAAAUACAUGUUUGUUACUAGAUGGUUGUUAGUCCACCCAUUGUAAACCGCUAUGGAAUUUGUUGGCACUAUAAAAAUAUAAUAAUAACAAUGUCACAGAAAGGGUAUUGAAUCGAAAGCAGAAAGGGACACUCAGAUGUUAACAAUAAAUAUAUUUAUUUUUAAUGUUAGCGUUCCUUUAACAUUAUAACACGGGCAUGUAAUGACAGCAUCCCUAUUAAAAGUGCAUAUAGGCUUCUGUUAAAGAGCAAUAAAUAGCAACACAUUGUCUAGAUCUAACACAACUGACAAGAGCUGAAUCACAGAAUACAGGAAUUCAAAGUGAUUUCAACAUUUACUAGGAGAGAAACUUGAUUUACUGUAUUCUUUUAAAACUAGUUCUACCCAAUAUUGUCAAGUAUUUUAAAGCAACAUACCUCCUCCAGUCCCUCUUACUAACUUCCUCUUAAAAGGCAACAUCUUGGGUCAAUACAGGAGACUAAUUCUAUAAAUGGAGCAUAAUAACUCCAUGUAACCAAUAAAUCAUUGACUCCAUAUUUUUGGGGGGGACUCAUAUCAUAUCAAUUAUUACCCAUUCUCAGCAAAACCAUUUAUUCUAUCUUAUUGCAACACAUGGCACUUAAGAUUCCUGAUCAAUCCUCCGCUCUAACAAAGCAGAGAUGUUGUGCAACCUGUUCAGUUGUCUAACAGUGUUUGCAUAUUAGUCAGAGGUGACAUAUUCCAAGGCAAACUUUCUACAACUUAAAAAACGUAAAAAGUUACUUUAAGCAACAUGGUGCCAGAUAUCUCCUGGUAUCUUCCCAUGCUAAGUAUUCAAACCAUUUAUGAAUCGUUUGACACUUACCCCGAUCCCUAGAGCACCCAUGGCCUGGUCCCUUUUGAGCUAAACUGGGAGAUCCAUUUCUAAUUUAGGUGUAUAAAAUAUUUUUUCUGUUUGGAUGGAAUUUAUAGGCUGAGAUCUUCAUUUGAUGUUCUCAACCAAUUACUUCCAUCCAAAGAUGCAAAGAUUUGAUGUCACUAAUACGGAAGAAGGAACUUUCAUUUUAGUAUUACCUGAAGAGGGGACAGACUGCAAGUACCUAGAGAAACCAGGUAAAUGUCAAACCAUUAAAAAAAUGUUUCCAAAUUACCUUGAAAUAGAAACAGUAGACUCCUGGCACCAUAACCUGCACAGAAUGCUGUAGAGGCUAUGGUGCACAUACUUCCCCUCUAAGCAUUACCAACUGCACAACUAAAUGACCACUACAGUUCAACAGCUACAUUGUAGAAAUUCUUUAUACAUGACCUGCAUAUUUUAUAAGGAGUAUAUUCACUUUGUAAUUUCAUGUGUCAUUACCUAAUAAAUAUUACAAACUGUCCCACAGAUUAUGCAAAAGGCACAAGAUUUCAUGAACACAGUUACACUUUAUCUGUGGAGUGGGUAACCUUUUUUUGGUUUUUUACAUUUUGAGAUUUCGAGAGGUUUAGUCUAUUGUACUAAUAAUUUGCAAGAAUGCAAGAAACGUUUUGAAAUAUCAACUGGUGAUCUUUCUCUAGGCACUGUUGAAGAAAGUCUAACUCAUACAAACCAGCAUGGGUGGGAAUCAUAGUCAUGUGAACUGAAGUCCAUCAUAGACGUGGGCUGCGGUUCAACAGUUGGAAGCUAGAUUGUUAUUAUUCUUGCAGGAAUCUAUAAAAGUAGCCCAAGUUUCAGUGAUGUCAAAGCAAAAGAAAGAAUGUACAGUAUCCAGCAAGGACAAUGUUUGACGUGUGUUUGUGACUAAAGAACAUUUGUCAACAUUCAGUGCCAUUAUUUUUAAACCGAUUGCAAAAUGCCAGACUUCCUCGAGAGAGACCAUAGUUACAGAAUUCCCUUUAAUGAUAGAUAUGACUCUGCCCCUAUCAGUAUUGUCAGUGAAUGGCAUUAAGCUGAAUGUGAUAUAUAAAGUCCUUGUAUAUCCUUAAAGGGAUACUAUAGUCACCAGAACCACUACAGCUUAAUGUGGUGUUUCUGAUGUCUGUAGAAUGUCCCUGCAGGCUUUUUAAUGUAAACACUACCUUUUCAAAGAAAAGUCAGUGUUUAGUUUGCUGGCUAGUAACACCUCCAGUGGUAGUCUCUAAGACGGCUAAUACUGGUGCUUCCUAGCACAGUGUGGCUGAGAUUGACACGUUUUAUGAUCUCAGACAUUGAGGCAAUGUCAGCCGCGGAGAGACCAGUGCAUCUUGGGAGAAAAGGUGAAUUAAAAGUACAUUUUUUAGCACAAUUGGAGCAGGGCUGGGGACCAAAACAGCUAUAGACUAUAGUGUCGGGAAUUUUCUGACAACAUCCUUUAAAUACUAACCAUGACUUUUACUUCAUCCUUUUUAAUGCUGUUAAAGCAUUUGAUGGAUUGAGUUGUGUACAGAUAAAGCGCAGUUACCUACUCUGAAUUUCUAGUUGAGCAGUGCUGCCAUUUUGCCACAAAUGUACUAUUCACAUUUGUUGGACUUCUUUUUUAUUUGAUGAAAAUGUGUGUUCUCAGGUUCAUGUGACAAUAAUUGAUUUAGAUAGAAUGAUUGAUCAUGCCCAACAUUUAAUUAAAAUGACAAAAACAAGUAAACAUUUUUAUUUUGGAAGUAAAAAUUAACAGCUAACAGGUAUUAGCAUGUGACAUUCCCUCUCUAACGAAUUUUGGCACCUAAAUUGUCUUUUCCAAUCUCUAGAUUUGUAGGGUUUUUGACUUGAGCUUUUCGUUAUAGCCUGCACAUGAAUAUUAUCUUAUGUAACAUGAGUUUCAAAACCAUAAAGAAAGGUAUCAGCAUCUGUAUUGUGCAUGCUCGAGAACCGGAAAUUGUACAUCAAGAGAAUUGUGAUUGUCUGCUCUUAGUUGGGUAUAUAUUCUCAUUGUUAAUUGCUUUGUUACAUAACAAUAUUGUGAGAUUUGGGGUGUAGUACAGUCCACGUCCUUCCCAUUCUGUGGUGGCAAAUUUUAUAAAUAUAUAGCUCAAGGCAUGCCAGUGAUGGUCCUGGCUUUGGAACCGAAUAAGAAAACGUAUAUGCUCGGAGGAAGGUCCAGCAGCUGACAACAGGUAUAUACUAACAUUAUAAAAAAGUAUAACGUUUUCUGUUCCCAUAUUUAGUCUCUUAAACCGAUUAGUGCUAGUUCCUAACUUGGUCUUAAAGGAACAUACCAAGCACCAUAACGACUACACCCAGGCACAUGCAGCUCCUGCUUCCAGAUUCUCCUUGCAGGUGACAGUGGUUAGCAACACAAAGACAUCCAGCUUGUCCUGUAGGACAUGAUCACAUGUAGUGCUAACACCAGGUUAGUAAGUUGUCAAACUGUUCUAAAAUAAUUCGACGAUUUAUACUUGGAGGAUGCUGGGGCACUUCUGGCACCAUAACCACAACAGCAACCUGUAGUGGUUAUGGUACUUGGAUUAUUCCUUAAAGUAACACCAACAGUCCAGGAAUGAGACAUUUCCUCACUCUGCUCCAAUGGGAUAAUGGCAAAGUAGGACAAAUGGAAGGACAUAGAUUAUACUGCACCCCAAAUAUCACAAUAUUGUUAUGUAAUGAAGCAAGUAGCAAUGAGAUGGCCUAUGUAUAUCUCAUAUGAUAGUUCCCCUUGAAUUUUAUAUAGAAAAGUAUGUUUUCUUUAUGACAGUCACUGCUGCAGAAUGGGAAAAAAACAUUUACAGAAGGAAUGCAGACUGUAUCUUACAGUGAGUGCUAGUGAAAGGUGUUUAAAAACACACAACUUUCUUAUUCUUUCAGUGUAGCUGAAUUGUGUUCCACCAUAACAUAAUCUUAACAGCCGGUCCCACAUGUAAUAACAGCCAGUCUCCUUCCGUGUAUAUACAGCCAUCUGUAAUACGAAGGGAAACAUCUAUACUAUGAAAACAUUUCCCAACACUGAACAGGACCAACCACUUUACAAAACAAGUGUACACAGGACAACUGCAAGCAUUACACCCUCUCACGGCUAUAGAAUGCUACUCAUUGUUAAGCUUUCAUGGUUAGACUUUACAUACUCCCUGAAUUUCUGUGAGCUCCUGUAAUGUAACCAAACUAUUCAGAAAAAAGAACAUAUUUUUAUAUACACAAAUGCACUUCAAUGCUGUUUAAGCAUUUGCAGUGGAGCUCUCUAACAUAGCAAAAAAAAAAAAUCACCAUUAUUUUUAACUCUGUCUUGGAUUAAAAUGUUAUAUUCAUUUUGAGUUCCUAUCAAUUUACAAAUAACAUAGUAUAAUAUUUUUGGUUUUAUUGUUUAUUUUUUUAAUAUGGAGCUCUGUGAUACACUUACACAAACUGUACAUUUAUUGAUGUACAGCUCCACAAUACACUCCUACCACUCAUACAUAAAGCACCUUACUUUGAGUUUUAAUUCUGUGGCAUUCUGUGAUAGUCUAACACACAUCAAAGCACAAUACGUAUGCAUUGUGCCCUAAUAAAAAAGCAGAAUUGAAGCUGGAUAACUUGGUCCUAAGUUUGGGUAAAAAGUACAAUCAAAAUAUAUAAAUAAAUAUAUAUUAUACCCUAUGUAUGAGAGGAGCUAAUGGCUAAGGAUAUUCUAAAACUAUAUCCAAAAACAUCUAUAGGUUUCCUAAAGUCUAUGGUUUAGAUGAUGUGUUGGGACUUAGCAGUAGACAUGUGCGAUUCGUUUCGUUCCAAAUGUACAUUCGUACGAAUUUUAUGCCAUUCGGACAUUCGGAUGCUUACGAAUGUCCGAAAUGCAGAAGUUCGGUAGUGCUGAAGCUCCAAAGAAUUCUGAAAAGUUGCAAAACAAUAGAGAGGGGUGAGAUUUUGUGAAUAAUGACAGGAAUCUUGACUAAUAAGCUAAUUCCUUUUGUACAAUGUAAUGCUUGCUUGCCCAAUCUGGUUUCACUAUUCCAUGUCCAAUGAAAUUAGAAAAAUUUUGUGAUUGAUGUUAGAGGACAGCCAAUUAAUGGUGAUUUUGUCACUGACGCUUGGCCAAUGAAGGCACACAGAGUCAUUGAGGUGGGAUAGUAUAUAAAUCAGGCUGUCAGGGUGUUGGCUUGCUUUUCUGUGACGUAGACAUGUGCUUUUCUUUUCGUUCCAAAUUUACAUUCAUACAAAUUGUAUGCCAUUCGGAUGCUUACAAAUGUCCAAAGUUUCGAAGCGUGGAAGUUUCAAAUUGACGACAUUCGGCAGUUCCGAAGUGCCAAACCGAAUGCCAUUGGUCCGAAUUGCCAAAGUAGACAAUUUUUUUUACUUACCCGAAUUUCCGAACCAAACCCAAUUUUUUGCCCAUGCACAUCCCUACUUAGCAGACUCUUUUAUUGUUAUUGUUUUUUAUUUCAUUUAUAUAUGUUUGUUGUUUUCUGUGAGCUUUUUAUUUGUUUUGUGGAUUGUCGCUCUGGUGGGGCACCUGACUACCGGACCACUUACAGUGCUCAUUUUGUGUACUAAAUUGUGAGUGUAUUUGCUCUAUUAAAUCCUUUCCAAUACCAUACAGUAUUACACUAUUGUGUUUUUUCUACUUCCCAACAUUUUACAAAAGGAGGACUGACUACAGAAGAAUUUUCCAGAACGCAAUUAUACCCUUUAAAGUGAGACACAGUGAAAUAUCUUGGCGUUGUUAGUGCAAUACUAGCUCUUGCCCUUUUUUGUUCCUUACCCUAUGUGCAGGGUAUUAUCUUUUCCAGAUAUACUUACCCAUUCCGGAUAUACAAUUUCACGUUCAUGGAGUUAAUUUCCAUUUAUCCUCCAGUCUGGUGAUUUAAUUGGAAUUGUGUAAGUGGUUUAUAUAGCUGGCAUUUACAUGGCACAUUUCAGCCCCUUUAUUUUACUUGUUGUUUAUCAGUAGGGUGUUAAUAUGAAGAAACAAGGUCUGUUGUAUAUCAUAUUUUACAUAGAUGUGGUUUAUGUCUAGAGAUCGGACCUGAGGGGCACAAAAGAAAACCGCAUCACCCUGUAAAGUAACCAAGUAAAUAUUGUAUUUCUUCAGCUCAAUAUACAUAAAUUAGAGAUCACAGGGGGAACCAUAAUACUGGGAGCCUGGAACCUCUAUCUUAUGUUUUUUGUUCAUUUAUCACUUCCUCUAGGUCUCAGAUGAAGUGCUAACAGCACGAUAUAUGUAAGAUAGUGGUCACAGUAUGGUGUUCCCCCUGUGAUCUCCAGUUUAUUUAUUUUUCAGGUGAAGAACUAAAUGUAUUGACGUUUGGCUUACUUUAGAAGGAAAGAUUGUUUUCUUUGACGUUCCCCAACCCAUAGAUGUGUUUUAAUAUUAAAAAAGCCCAACUUUGUCACAUACAUAAAUAUAAUCGAUAGGUAUAUCCUCAUUGUCCCUAGAGACAGCUGUGAAUUCUCUGUUUCAUUAUUAAUUUAAAGAUAAGUAUUUUAUUCUGACUUCUGGACAGCAAGCCAACAACCGUGACAACCUUGUGUGGGUGGAAACUUCCUUUAAAAUACUAUAUUUUAUUUAUACACCAAAUCUACCUAUUUAUUAUUCAUCCAGCUGUUGUGUUGCACGCUGCCUUUACAGAUCAUAUCUAUAAUUAUUAGCACAACAAAUGGAGACUCUGUAGUUAAAGGCACAGUACAGGGAUGUGUGCCAAAGGUGUGGCCCCCUAAUCCAACCUAUUUCAUGCCAGGUUCGGUAAUUAGAUUAGAAGGCGUCUGUCUAUUGUCUGACUCAAGGAAUGCAUCUCUACUAUUUUUACAACAAUGAAGUGAAAACCUAUUGGCCUUGUAGUACAGUAUAUUUGUAUCCCUAUUCUUCAGCUGUUAAAGAGAAAUUGUCAGUUUUUCCAUUUUUUUCUAAUACCACCCUUAUAACACAUAGCUAUUUUUUUUGCACAACCUGGCAUAUAAUGCAAAUUACCUGGCAUUCUAUGAAUCCCCAUUAUUUAGUUGGAUCCUUUAAUAAAUAAUUACACUUCCUCAUUCCUUAGCCUGACCAUGUAAUAACAGUUAGAGCAACCUGGAACCCAUUUAUUUUUUAUCUGGACUGCGUAAUAUAGACUUGAAGGACAUUGAACAUCAUUGUUUACCAGGACUAACUAAUACAGAUUAGGACAUCCUAGAACUCCAUGCUUUAGCAACACCAUGUAACAAACUUAAGAAUCCAGAGCUUCAUUCUUUAGAUGGACCAGAUAAUAUAAACUUGAGGUCCACAGUAACCCAUUUUUUAACUAGGCCGCACGUCAUAAACCCAAAGAACCUACAGCCAAAUUACUUACCUGAUCUUACAGGGUGCAAUGACAAAUGAUCGCAGGCACCUUUCACCAUACAUCUUUUUGUCUUAUGAAUCCUAGAAUGCAAAAAGUAGGCAGGCUAUCAAGUCUAGUUUAUAGAUGCCAUUUCUUGCUUUAGAGAGCAGUGUAUAUAUGAUAUAAAUAAAUAUUUGCCUGAAAUUCCUGACUCCAAUCUGGCUGCCUCACCUUUCCCUGGAUCAAUCUAUUUUUUCUACUUUUACUAACCUUCAUUCUGAAAAUUGUGUGUUUAACCAUGCUAAAAAUGAAUCCGGGUGUUCCUUAAAGAGAUUUAUUAUACUUAACAACCUCCCUCUUCAGUAAAUUCUGUAUAAUUGUUGCUCUUCUAGUUAAGAGUUCAGCUUUGUUGAAUUUGAAAUAUUUCCUCCACCUGUGCAUUCUCCAACACUAUACAGUCUUUAUGACAAACAUGUAAUUCCGAUCUUCGAUGCACAUUUUUCUAGGUGUACAAAAUCAAUGGCAAAUGUUAAGUUCCAAAUUUGGAAAAAAAACUAAAUAUGCCUUCCUGACCUAUAUUUUUCAACACAUCACAAUCAAAGUAUAGCAAAUCCUGUAUUUUUUUAAUGUCUAAAAUUGCGGUAUUAAAUGUGGGGUUUACCAUGGCUAUAUUACUUUAAAUUAUAUGUUUCAUCCACCAUUCAGUGCUUUAUAUAUAUAUAUAGAGAGAGAGAGAGAGAGAGAGAACUCCAUUUUUGUCUUUAAUUCUAUAUAUUGCUAGAAAUGGAUUGCAAUUAGACUUAAGCAACUUCAGCUGGUACGAAUGAAUCUAAUUAUUUACAUCUACGCCCAAACGAAUCAAUCCAUCUGGGAUUUUCCUGUGGAGUCUUAUUCACUGAAUAAGCAAAGCCUGGACAAAUUAAAGCCUUUGGGCAUAUAUUUAGGGAAUUUGAUUUGUUUUUGCCAACUGAAAAUAAUUUGUGCGCAGGUUUACAUUUCCUCAUAAAUCCAUCUCAUGUAACUAUAUUCACAGUUUAGCAAUCAUUAGUGUGAAUCUGUGUGAAUUAGAGCAGAUGUUGAAAACAGAUCCAUGGGUGACACUGAUCAGUGCAAACAUAUGUGCAACCAUAACUAGUACAGAACCACAUGUGCUGCUGGCUAGUCAAAUCCACAUAUGCGUGUGACUAGUGCAUAUCCACAUUUGGCUCUGACUAGUGCAGAUCCCUACUGUAGACACUUUUUGAAUUCUAUGAAGGCAUUUACAGACAGGAGGGUGGGAGGUUGCACAAAUCUUGAUUUUCUGGUUUGACAUCUCUCUUCUCACGCACAUUUGCUUUUGAAGGGAUGGGAAAAGGGGGAGAGCAUGUCUUCCCUUUGUGUGAGGGAUGAUGACUGAGCUACCCUAAUGCCGAAACUGAAUUGCUAUACAAUGCACAUGGAAAGUGGCCGUGCACCAAUGUUUUGUGUGACGAUUAUUCUUUAAAAUGCACUCUUUGGAUCAUAUAAAACCUUUUCAAAACAGCAAACUGCUCUUAACACAUGAAUAGGAAACUAAACCAAACUCUUAAACAUAGUGAUAUCUAUGUUACAUGUCAAAUAUUCCAAAUUAUCAUGUUCACAUGGUGAAUAUCUUGAAUAUAUUCACAGUAAAAUGACAAAGGAAAGUUGGCACAUUUUUCAAUUACUAUUUAAAGUAAAACAAUAUGUGUAUUAUAAAAUGUAUUAUAUGGGUGUAUUAAUUUGUAAUGCAUACUUAUAAGUAAAUAUCACUUUUCAGUUCAUUAUUCUUGCUGUCAGGUGGCAGCCAUCUUUAAGACCUCUUUGGUCAAAAGUAUUGCUUCUCAGGUAACAAAGACUUGGUGUAUACAAAUCGUGACAUCAUGUGCAUGCACUGGGCAUCUCAGAAAAUACACACUUGGAUGGUUUCAGAUCUUUAAAUUGUGCAGAUAAGUAGAGCCUCUGACAAAAGAGGCUAAAGAUGGCUGCCCCCACAGAGCCACGAUUUAGUAACAUAUGUGUAUCCAUUGCCAAAUAAAACACAAGGCCAUAUUGCAUGUCAUCUUUAAUUUUCAUUAAUUAUAAAAAGCAGUGACAGUUUUCCUUUCAUAUGUUUUAGGAAUACAAAUAGAUAUUACUGCAGAUAGUGCUAGCACUUUCAAGUUAUCACAAGUUAAACACGAUCCUUUCGGGGCAGGUCUAGUGACACAGUUCGCGUCACUGGCCUGUGCUCCUAUUACUUACUCACUUGUAUCCCUCAAUGGACAUGGAGUGUUUGGAGAUAGAUAAUUUAAAAGAAAGUUGCAGCAAAUGAAUAGUUUUGGAGGAGGCAAUAGAGGACAUACCCUAGUGCAGGGAUAGGCAACCUUCGGCACUCAAGAUGUUGUGGACUACAUGUCACCUGAUGCUUUGACAGCAUCAUGCCUAUAAGAGAUUAGUUGUAGCCCACAACACCUGGAGUGAAGGUUGCCUACUCCUGUACUAGCGUACAGAAGCAGGGCUUGCUUUGAUGGAAGGUUGCAUGUGUAAUUUAAAGAAAAUCCGUUAGAAAAAUUUGGAUCAGAGUUAGGCAAUCUCCAGCACUCCAGAUGUUGAGGAGUGUGGACUAUAUCUUCCCUGAUGCUUUGCUAGCAUUAUGGCUGUAAGACCAGUAUUGGAGAUCCAGUCCACAUCUGCAAUGUCAAAUGUUGUUUACCCCUGAUUUAGAUAGCACUUGGAAAUAAAAGUAAACAAUGAGGUGUAAGGUUAAUGGUGAUUUAGGUAACAGUCAAGACUUUUAAUGUAGUAGUAAAAACAAUUGAGUCUGCGUAGCCAAGGAAAGAGUUGGACAUUUUAGUGGUGGGUGAGACGAAAGUCUAGCUGAGGUAUUAUUUCUGGAUUUUCCAUUGGGAGAGGCUCUGGGGGAGCAGGCCUAUUAGGAUGGACUUGUGGUAAUCCAAAGUGGACUUUGCUUGUGAGUGGAUUAACAUAUUGAUUAAUGAAUGUCUAGCUGACAUAUUAAUCAUGGAUUUACCAUAGGAAGAGGCUCCGGAGGGGGUGCCCUAACAGGAUGGACUUAUAGUAUCCAAAGUGGACAUAACUACUGAGUGGAUUAACAUUUUGAUUAUAUCUAGUGCUGGGAAUGAAUGAAUCAUUGAAAUAUAACAAUGAGACAGUAGGUAGGAUAAUAAAACAUAUCAUUUAGCAUUUUAAGUUUGAAGCACGGGGUUGUCUUUGAGGAAGCAACCUCAGAUAGAUUGUUACAAAAAUAAUGUAAUAAUUCUGGUAAGGAAAGGUCCAGAUUAUCAGCAUGUAGAUGGCUCUGAAACCAAGAGGAAGAUACAUAUGUAAAGUGCAGGAGGGCUAAAAUUGGGCUUUGAGAUAGCCAAACAGUGUGGAGACACUGGAUGAAGAGAGAGCAAUAGGAAUGUACCUUGAGUCAAUUUAGAAGCAAUUAUUAAGUUCAUUUAGUAAUCAAAUCCGCUAAAUAGUGAUUUUUUUUUUUUUUGGAGACCACGUUAUGAGCUGUGUUUCCUGGAGAUCAUCUUUUCUAGACCACGUAGUAUUGGGAUUAUAUGAAAAUGUUUAGCCUGGAUAAUAAAAGGACCUCUUUAAAGUUACAGAGACAUGGAAGAUUAAGUAAUGUGAUUUGCCACAAUCACGAUCCUUAUAUUAAAGCUUCCUGACAAUUGUCAUGCCUCUAUUUUAAUGACUGUAACAAACUAAAUGUCCCCUCUGAUGAGCUUCACUGGCGAAACGCGCACUUCAGGGUCUCUGAUGUCUCUCUUUGACUUAAAAUAUUGAAGGAAUUAACAGGUUUCUCACAUGAUAUUGUUAUGGUCUAGUUUAUAACUUUAUAUUACCUUACAUUUCCCUGAGCUUCAUUUUAUUAGAUUAGUUUUUCUUUUUGCUUCAGAGCUGCUUUUUAUACCGCUACUUUGAUUAGCAAUAAGGGGGUGGGUUUGGGGCUUUUACGUGGGGUGCCCUCGAAGGCAUGGUAGUAAGCUAUCAGGACCAGCCUAUUGAGGUACACUUCCUCCCGUUUUUCCACUGUUUAGCCAGGACCCCCCUGUCUCUCUCCUCGGCAAUUGCUACUACACCCUGUUCCAAAUUAUUAUGCAAAUUAUAUUUUUCUCAUUUACCUAAAUAAUUUAUGUAAAUAACAGUCAGCAUAAUUCUCAUGUUAUCAACUAUUAAGAGUACAAUUCAAAUUUUAUUGAACAAACCUCCUAAUGAUAACAGUAUUUUUUUAAACAUAAAAAACUUACAAUGCACUGUUCCAAAUUAUUACGCACAGUAAGUUUCAAAACACUUUAUAGGUUGUAAAGAACUGAAAAUUGUCAUUUGUUGUGUUUGAAAUAGCUUUUGAUUUCAGUAAAUAUGCUGCAAUCAAACUUAUAACGACAUUUUAACUUUUUAAACAUUUUAACAUAGGACCCCUUAUUUGAUAGCAACUUCACAAGUCUUGCAUCCAUUGAACUUGUGAGUUUUUGGACAGUUUCUGCUUGAAUUUGUUUUCAAGAUGUCAGAAUAGCCUCCCAGAGCUGCUGUUUGGCUGUAAACUGCCUCCCACCUUCAUAGAUCUUUUGCUUGAGGAUGCUUCAAAGGUUCUCAAUAGGAUUGAGGUCAGGGGAGGAUUGAGGCCACACCAUGACUUUCUUUCCUUUUAUCCCCAUAGCAGCCAUUGAUGCAGAGGUAUUCUUUGCAGCAUGGGAUGGUGCAUUGUCAUGCAUGAAGAUGAUUUUAUUAUGGAAAGCAUAGUUCUUCCUUCUGUACCAGGGAAGAAAGUUGUCAGUCAGAAACGCCACAUACAUUGCAGAGGUCAUCUUAACACCUUCGGGGACCCUAAAGGGGCCGACCAGCUCUCUUCCCAUGAUUCCUGCUCAAAACAUAACUCCACCACCGCCUUGAUGAUGUCGCCUUGUUGGAACAGGGUGGCCAUCCACCAACCAUCCACUACUCCAUCCAUCUGGACCAUCCAGGGUUGCACGGCACUCAUCAGUGAACAGAACUGUUUGAAGAUUAGUCUUCAUGUAUUUUUCUGCCCAAUGCAGCCGUUUCUGCUUGUGAGCAUUGAUUAGUGGUGGCCAAAUAGAAGGUUUAUGCACAGUUGCAAGACUCUGGAGGACUCUACACUUUGAUGUCCGUGGGACUCCAGAGGCACCAGCAGCUUUAAAUAUCUGUUUGCUGCUAUGUAAUGGUAUUUUAGCAGCUGCUCUCUUGAUCCGAUGCAUGGAUCUGGCAGAAAUCUUCCUCAAUGUGUCUUUAUCUGCACAAACCCGUCUGUGCUCUGAAUCAGCCACAAAUCUCUUAAUAGUGCGAUGAUCACGCUUAAGUUUUCGUGAAAUAUCUAAUGUUUUCAUACCUCGUCCAAGGCAUUGAACUAUUUCACUCUUUUCAGCAGCAGAGAGAUCCUUUUUCUUCCCCAUAUUGCAUGAAAAUGGUGCUCUGCUUAAUAAUGUGGAACACCCUCCUUUAGUAGUUUUUCCUUAAAUUGGGCUCACCUGGCAAUCUAAUUAUCGAGAUUGUUUUCAGUGAUCAAAAGAGCCCUGAGACACAGUGACAUCCAUGAGUUAAACUGAAAAACAAAAUAUUUAAUCUUUGUGACACUUAAAUAGAAUUUGCAUAAUAAUUUGGAACAGGGUGUAGUUUAUCCUCUGUCUGCUUUAUCUUUCAUAUACUGUACUUACCUUAUCUGCCUAAUGUUGACAUUCUGCUAAGGAGGAUCCCUUAUCUCCCACUACAGCACACUGAUUGAGUGCUGACAUAUAACAUACAAACCAGCAAUCUUCACUUGCCGAUGAUGGUGAUUAUCUAAUUCCGAAUAGAGGCUCACUGUGAAAUAGACAGGCUGGCUAUAUAUCUAGUUAGGGGCAAUUGGUGUCCUAUUUUUUUUAAUAUAUAUAUAUAUAUAUAUAUAUAUAUACCCUGUUUUUUCCCCAGAUAUUAUCUCUCCUUCCUACGUUGUGUUGGCAAAUUGAUUUAGUACAGCGCAACUUCUUAUUCUUGCACAGACUUGAAUAUACAAAUUUUUUUACCUUUUUUUAUGUUACUAUUUUUAUUUUGAUGUCAUUAAAAGUUAAGUUUUAUUCUUCUCUAGUUUUGGCUACAUCAUUAUUACCUACAUUUUUAGAAUUUCCUGGUUAGCUCCUUACUUAACAGCUACUGGCAAUUGUUUGUUUGCAUCAGCAAUUUAGUGUUACCCCUUCCCCCGAUUCUAAGGUGUGUGUUUUCACUCAGUUUUUUAUUUUCUUAUAACUCACUAAAUCACCUAUUAAUCUUUUUUUAUUUUUUAUUCUUUAUUUUAUGUGGUGCGUAGGUAUACAAGCAGACUUGCAGAGACACCACAGCUAACGCAAGUAUUAUGAAACAACAUAGUAAUACAUAUGUGUGGCAUAACUGGUAAACUGCACAUUUUACAAUAGUACUGUAGUGAGGGCUAAGUCACAGGCAUCAGAGAGUGGUAGUUAUGUCAUGUGAGAACCAUAAGAAAGGAACCUUCUGUGACCAAGAUUGAUGAGAACUGCAGUAGUCACAUUGACAGUAAAGUAAAGAUUAAGCGUUAGAGCAAGUUAAGCAUGCAGGCUCAGCGUUAGAUAUGGAGGUUAGUACACAAGAAAUGCAUUGAGCUUGGUAUUGCUACAUAAACAUAGUUUGUGAACACCCCAUAAACCCCCACCUUGGGUAGUUGGAUAGUAAGGCGUCAGAAAAAAAAAAUGAGUCAGGAUAUAAACACAGGGUCCUUGCAAGGAUUUUGCCGCCCCAGGCACACAAAAAUUUGCUACCCCCCACCCUCCCCAUAUGUUCUGCCCACCAUGUGACAUCAAAAGGCUCCACCCAUAUGAUCUGCCAUAUGGACCAACACCAGUUCUGCACGCUGUGUCUUUUAUCUGAAAAGGCAGUGUGUACACAUUAAAAAGUCUGCAGGGACAGGCUAUAACCACCAAAACCACUACAUUAAGCUGUGUUAUUGUAGAGUAUGUAAUGUGUGUGUUCUUAUGAAAUGUAGUGUAUAGGGAUACCAAUUUGUAUAAGGGAUGUAGUGUGUGUGUAUAAUGGAUGCAAUGUGUGUUUGUGUGUAAAAUGUAUUGUGUUUCUGGGUGUGUGUGUAAGGGAUGCAAGGUGUGUUUCUGGGUAUGAAAUUUAAUGCAUUGUGUGUCUGUAAGGCGUGUAUUGAGUGUGUGUAAGAGAUGCAUUUUGUUUCUGUGUGUGUGUAAGAUAAGCAGUGUGUGUGUGUGCAUAAAGGAUGCAUUGUGUGUUUCGGUGUGUCUGUGUAGGAAUGCAUUGUGUAUGUGUGUAGUGUGAAAGAGAGGGUUUGUGGGGUAGGAUAGGGGCUUAGAGGGGAGCAGCUCUUUACUUUUUUAUAGUGCUCUCCCCUCCUGUCCCUCAGUACUCUCCCCUCCUGUCCCUUAGUGCUCUCUCCCUCCCUCCCCUCCUGUCCCUUAGUGCUCUCCCUUGCCCCCUGCCCCUUAGUGAUAUUCCUUCUCCUCCAGUCCAUUAUUGCUCUCCUCACACGUCCCUUAGUGCUCUACUCUCCCCACCCCCCGUCCCUUAGUAAUCUCCCCUGUUCCUCAGUGCACUCUCCUCCCCUCCCUUAGAGCUGUCCCCUCGGCCCUUAGAGCUCUCCCCUGCCCCCUAGUGGUGUCUCCUCUCUUCCCUGUUGCUCAGUGUUCCUCUCCCCUCCAUGUCUCUUAGUGCUCACCCCCCUCUUAGUGGUCCUCUCCAGUCCCCUCUCCCCCAACCCCUUAGUGUUCCUCUCACUCCCCCAGUGGUCCUCCCACCCCCUCCUUAGUGGUCUUCCCUCUCCCCAACCGCUUAGUGUUCCUCUCACUCCCCCUUAGUGGUCCUCCCACCCCCUCAGUGGUUAUCCCUCUCACCCCCCUCUUUAUGGUCCUCCCUCUCCACAACCCCUUAGUGGUUUUCCCUCUCCCCCCUUCCCCUCUUAGUGGUCCUCCCUCUCAACCCCUUAAUAACCCUUCCUCUCCCCAACCUCUUAGUGGACCUCCCUCUCCCCCCUUUACUGGUCCUCUCCGGUACUGUUGUGCCUCCUACUUAUCUUUGUAGCGUUGCCUGGCUGCGCGGACCGCGGUACAAGAGCUUCUGUUUGAGUACUUCCUGUCAGUCCGGCCAGUAACCAGGUAAACAGAGGCUCCUGUACCGCGGUUUGCACCGCCAGGCAAAGCUACACUGAGUGACUGGCAGGAGUGAUCUCUGUGCGCUUCCCUCCUGCCAGGUCACUCAAAUCUGGCGCCCUCAGACUGGUGCACCCUAGGUGACUGUAUAAGCAUAAGAUUAGGCUCAGAACAUAAAUUUGAAAAAAACUAAGGUUUGCAAUGUGAAGGCUGAGGGGAGAGCUCAAUUAAGCCGAUACCCUAUAGGGGUCUGGUAUAGUUCUGCUGUAAUCUGGCUGUCUUCAAGCCAUAAGGAAGGUGCAGCAGGUUAUGACCGGGAUAGGGAGCGAUAACUCACGCUGUGAGCCAGCUGCUUGGGCAGGCACGAGGGUAAGUCCUCUUGGCUUGAUAUAAGUUGGCUGAUUCUGUGCCGCAUUCACCGACCCGCAGUACCUCCACCUUCUCCGCCACUUGUGGGACUUGUCUGGCAUAUGCUGGGAAGGGACUAGUAAUUUUUUUUUCUGCGUGAUUCUCUGUUUUCUUUUAAAUUUACAUGAAAGAUUUGGUAAAUAACAUCACAACCCAGCUCAGUCCAGGCAAGGCCAGGGCACACUUUGCAUUAUGAGAGGAGAAAUAGAAAGAGCCAGGGUUACCACUGAAAAUAAGGAAGAGAAGUAGAAACAUUUACUGAGGUGACAAUUCAAAGUGAAUUUCUAAUUUUAGGUAACUGGAAAAAGAAAUCUCUAAGUCAGCUAUGCUUUCAUUUUGGCUACUCUAGCCUUGUAGUUGAAAUUCACCUUGAAUUUACUAUGAAUUCUCACUUUGGUAAAAAUAACCCUGAUUUUUUUUAAAUUUCUCCGCUUACUCUUUGCUGACUGCCAUGUACAAAGGACACAGCUCAUAACAGUGACUGGCAGGGAACAAAGAAGUGUGGAUUUCUAUACUUAAAGAAUCACUAUAGUGUCAGGAAAACAAAGCGGUUUUCCUGACACUAUAGUGCCCUGAGGGUGCCCCCACCCUCAGGGUCCCCCUACCGUGGCAUUGAAGGGGGUUAAAACCCCUUCAGCAGCUUACCUUAUUCCAGCGCCGGGCUCCCUCUGCGCUGGUGACCUCUCCUCCCCUGUCGACGUCAGCUCCCCCUGCCGACGUCAGCAGAGCCGAAUGCGCAUGCGUGACAAGUGUCGCGCACACAUUCAAGCUGUCAAUAGGAAAACAUUUCUCAAUGCUUUCCUAUGGACGCUCUGCGCGAUGGAGGCAUAAUAUGCCUCCAGCGUUGCAGAUGCGCCUCUAGUGGCUGUCCGGAAGACAGUCACUAGACGCUGGCUUAACCCCAAAUGUAAACAUAGCAGUUUCUCUGAAACUGCUAUGUUUGCAUCUGAAGGGUUAAAACUUGAGGGACAUUGCACCCAGACCACUUCACUGAGCUGAAGUGGUCUGCGUGACUAUAGUGUCCCUUUAAUUUUGCACCCUUGCUAAUUCAUAUUUUUUAAAUCUAGGAGAUUCAUAAACAUAAUAUUACAGGGACUCUAAGCAGCAGAGUGGUCCUGAUGUAAAGAUUUUUUUCUGAGAAUAGGCAGUUCGUUUACAUUGCUUCCUAUGGCCACCCUAGUGUCUGUCACUUAGACAGCCACUAGUGGGUCUUUUUAACGCAGUCCUGCAAUCAGUCUUUGUAGGACUGAUGUUCAAAGUUUUCACACUCAGCAUAGACGCACUAAACACUCCCCAUAGAGAUGCUGAUUGGUGCAGUACGGUGAUUUCCUUUAUAUGCACAAUAGCCCCUCAGUGCUUUCUACAGGGAAACACUGGAUUGGCUAAGAUCAUCAGUAAUGAUGAUCUCAGUGAGGGGAGGUGCAGUGGCUAUGGCAAGACUGGUUUGCCAGGGGAUACAUCAGACUGCCUUUUUUAUUACUUCUAGGGUCAAAUAUAUAUAAAAAAUAGUAUAACUGUCUUAGGUUAGGAAUACAUGUUUGUAAUACUAAUGUUAGGGGAUUGUUUCUUUUAAAUUCCUGGGCAAUGUCAGUUCCCCUUUUAACUAUUCUAAAGAGGAUAUGAAAAGUAUAUUGCAUAACUGUUUUAAUAAUAAUAAUAAUUUGCAAAUUUUAUAGCGCUUUUCUCACUGUGAGAUUCAAAGCACUUUACAAGUAAUGUGUAUUUACUGUAUGUUGAUAGUAUUACAUUAGAAACAGACCUUUUGUUUCUUCAGUUACGUUAUUCCCACCAGCUGGCGUAGAGAAACGAUGUAAUGUAGUAACGGAUGCGUUACGCGCAAAUUCCACGCAUUUCAAGGUGACUGAAAAUGGGGACAUGGGGUUAUUCACUAAAGUGUGAAUUGUGAUCAAAAUGAAUCCAAAGAGUCUCACAUUUUGGGCCAAAAAAGCUGAACUGUUAAAAUAUCCAACUCGGCUGUUACAGUUUUCAACUACUUUGGCCACAGAAGAUUCUAGACAAUUUACACUUGAACUGGCAGAAUUUGAUGGUACUUUAAGUAAACCUAGGUAGGUGAUUUGCUUACUAGCAUUUUUAUAACCAACCCCACUCAGAACACUUGGCACCAGAAAUCCAACAGUACAACUGAAUAUUUACUCACAUAUUAAAUACAGGUUGUCACAAUAAAGUCAGUUUUGUUCCAUUAAAGUGUUUUCCAGGCAGAACCAGGCAACUUGAGACAAACUCAUACAUUUCACUCAAAGGCUUAUUCACAGACCUUUAUUUCUUAUUAGUAUGUUUUAAUCCCUUAAUCGCUGCCUGAAUUGUGGUUCUUUAGCUAAGGACACACUUAACUCUCAGGUUAGGUAAAUGACAAUAAGCGUUAUAGUGCUGGUACAGUUGUAUCUUUCUUUUUUGUAAUGAAUUUUUUUUAACCUGCUUUGUAAUAAGCGCAAAAACAAAAAAUAACAAAAAAGGCAAAAGUAUGCCUUUAAAGGCAUACUCAAAUCACCAUAACCACUACAAGACGCUGUAAUGGUUGUGGUGCCAAGAGUUCCCUGACCCUGUCCAGUGGUAAACUGCCAAAUCAUUUACAAACUGUACUUAUCUGGCUCUGUCAUGAGCACACGCUCCUUCUGAUAUGCUAAAGCAGAAGUUCAUACUUCAACACUACCAUGAUAUCUUUACACAUUCUUCAUUGGCUGAGAGUGUCUGCUGACACAUGUAAACCUUUUGACAGCUUGCAAUGGGAUGGCACCAGGCCACAUAAAUAAUACAGGGCAUUGUAGUUAUUACGGUACUUAGAACAUUCCUUUAAUAAGUAUAGAAAAAUACUGGAAUUGAAACUAACUUGAUUGGCCCCCAGAGUUCAUACAUUUUUAAGUUAAUUGUUGGAAGCCAACCUGCAUUGUCCCACGUUUAGUACAUUCCAAACUCUGUUGCCCCAGGGUUUGUACAUUCAAGUUUCACUUGUCCUAUAAUUUCUUAAGAUGUCAUAAAUCUUGGUCCUUAUCAGGAAGAGUGCUGGGUCAGAUUGCAGCAAUCUUUCCUGGCACAGAGAUGUUUCUUAUUAAUUUGAAUUAGUUGGAUGUGAAAGCAUUGCUUAACAAAGAGAGCAGAUAUAAUCACACAUUAAUAUUUCUCCACUGCUCUGUCUGGGGGUUCUGAUCCAUUUUAACCUUUUUACUCAAAACUUGCCUGGUUUAUAUAAUCCUUACCCAACAACUAGAAACAUCUUUAUUCUCUGUUUAAUUAUCCUCAAUCAACCGCAGAAAAAAAGUUUUUUAAUACAGUGAUGAUAGAAAGUGUUUAUUUAAUGUGUUCCAACUUGCUGCAGAAAAGGUGGUUAUUAACUAUAACAUUUCACUAUCACUGAUGGGGUUUUCAGCAAACUUCAAAAUGUAGCAGAUCAGAAUCUGAAAGGCAAAAUUCGAACUAAAAUAGUCAAGUUGUAACUAUAUCGUAAUUGGCAAAUUUUCCAGAACAGCUAUUUUUGCUUCAGCUUCUCAAAGGGAGGGAGGACCACUAGGGGGGAGAGGACCACUAAAGGGGGAAGGAGAGGGGACAACUCCACUAAGGGGUUGGGGAGAGGGAGGACCACUAAAGGGGGGAGGAGAGGGGACAACUCCACUAAGGGGUUGGGGAGAGGGAGGACCACUAAAGGGGGGAGGAGAGGGAGGACCACUAAGGGGGGUGGGUGAGAGUUGUACGUUUAGUAAGUAACCCUAUGUGGUGGUAAAUUUAGCCCUCUGCUGUGACAAACAAGACUUUCGAAUUUUUAUAUAUAUAUAUAUAUUUUUUUUUAUUCACUUUGUGCUUUUUGGGGCUUUUCAGGAUUAUCCUUCAAAGUGGUGUUGGCCCAAAAUGUUAAAUUCACUUUGAAUUCCAAAUAGUCACACUUAAGUGUGUAACUUUAUUGGGCUUUCCGCAGAAAGACUUCAGUCAGUAGUAUACAGAUCCACUUCUUGUGUUUAUAUAAACACCAACAAAACCCACUGAUUAUGUGCUAAGCUUGAGACCCUAUUUAGCCCUUUGUUGCACUCACUUGGAUAGCAGACAAGUAUGUGGUACUGCAUAGCUUUGGUAAUACAGGCAAUAUCCUGUGAUUUAGCUUAUCUAAGCAGUAGAUUGUUGUGGCCAUGAGGUUAUAUGGGAAAAUAGGCACAAAAAUACACUAGUCUGAGAGGAUUCAUUAACAAAGAAAUAAAUACAUUUUAUGGGAGUGGGUUGAACAUAAAUGACACAUUUAUAAAUAAAUAAAAAGAAAAAAAAACAAUAAUCGUGCAUAAAUAUAUGUACUAAUGUUACAAUAUCCCUAAACAGAAGUAAAAUACUAUCUAAAAUAAUCUCUCUGUAGUAAAGAAUAUGGGACUUUUGUCACACCUUAUGACUAUACUGUGUUUACCCAACACUUUAAAAGGGAAUGACCUUAAAGGAAACCUUCGCAGAAGAGUUUAUUUUCAAUUUUAUUUAGUGUUUAGAAGUUUUAGAACCUUUACUUUCAGUUUAUUAUAUUCUUGUUUAACCUUGUAUUUUGCUUUUAUUAUGUAUUUCUCCUCUGACACCAAAAGGGCUGGACAAAUACGCAAUACACUUGUUUUUCUUGCACAUUUAUCCUUUUAGUCACAUAAACUCAUUACUCAUGUACUCACACUGACCCUUCACUGCUGACCAUUCACACAUCCACGACAUGACAAUAUUAGACACAUGCAUUGGUACACACAUUGAGAUCCCACUCAAAUAUACACCAGCAUUCAUUAACUCAAAAUACAUUCUUUCAUUCAUACACACAUUCACACACAUACUGACACUAGCUUUGCAUGGCUUGUUGAAUAUGUUUUGGUGUGUGAGUGAGUAAUUUUAAGGCCCGACUUGUAUGUUAAGACUUGAAACUCUGAGCCCUGUUAAUACAUUUCAAUAAAUAAGAUUAAUUAAAUGUAAUAGAUUUACCAAGGCAUUUAUGGAACAAAAUGUUCUGUGUUCCAUAAAAGCAGCCAGAAAUAUACAAUUAAUUCAUUAGUAUUAUUAUAUUUAGAAUAAGGGCAAGGAAUUGCUUCAAUACGGUGUUUUAAAGACUCACCAGGACAGCAAUUCGGACCUUUGCCUACGCGACGUAAAAAAAAGAAGGGGACAACUCCCAUAUUUUUUAGGACCAUUUUCCGUAUUUGUGAGUUUUAAUUAUGUGAUCUAAGGUUUUCAGCUUUGAAUUGUUUAAGCCUCUUACAAUAAGAAGGGACUAAACAAGCUACUCUAAACCCCUUCUUCAAAGCACGUCUCGGUUUUAAUUUGUGCACCUUUCUUUCCUAAUUUAACGCAGUAUAGUAACCCUCUAAUUGUCACAGGACAUGUCAUAACCAAUUUCCUGUUUAAACUGCAAUUAACUUUAAACAUUAAACUUCUUUUACAUUAUUUUUUUUUAUUAUUUUUCAAGCUGUGGCAAAGCAUUGGACAGCUGAAAAAGAUAAAUUCAUUCCAAUACAAAAAUACCUAGAUAACUGUGACACCCUUAACGACCUUGGCAAUCUUCAAUUUCCACCUAAAAUUAAAACAGAAUUCCAUACGCACUUCAAUAAAAUGUGCAGGACCCUUUAUUAGACGUGAAGUGUCUAUCAAUAGUGCACAAAACCCUCAAAGUUCUCAGUUGUUCAUGACCGUGUUCAUCUGAGGAGACGUGUCUCUGUAAUAGAGAAUGCAGAAACCCAGGUGCUUACCGUCACUUCUGUCUGUAUGGAAGCCAAUGUGUGAUUAGUGGGUAUGUCCACUCAUUAAGUCACUAUGAGACAGGAUAUUUAAAUGUCCAAGUACAUUCUUUGAAGUGACACUGGGUGCUGUUAUCGCCUACCUUUAUAUACAACUGAACAUAAAAUUAGAUUUCUUUACAUGACAUUGCUUGUGAUUUAGCUAAAAUCUGUAACCAUUGCUAUUCCAAUCAUUGACACCACCAGACAACUCUAAAGUGCUCACUUUACAAAUAAUCUUGCUAUUGGCUUUUACUUUGAUUUAACUUUUGGUGCACUAUCCCCCUACAUAUCUAUUAAUUCUGCAAUUCAGCACUCCUGAAGUUGUGGACAACAUCUCCUAAAAGGCUCUUACAGCCAUAAUGCUGGAAAGAUGUAGUCCACAACAUCUUGCGGUACAAAGGUUGCCAACUCGUGUCUAUAUAAUCUAUACACUCAAAUUCCAUGAUGGAGUCAUCAAAUACAUGAACUGCAACAGGCUGCAUUUUCACAGAUGCAAAAAUGAAUAAAGCCAGGUUAGGCCUACAUCACUUGACUCAUAUGCUUGUAGUUACACUACUGGGCUUUGUGUUACACAAGGGCCAUCAGUGUUUUACAGAAAGGAUUAACAAUGUUGAGACACCUUGUAGAAGCUAACAUUCCUCUGAUCCGGAGAUAGGCCCCUGACAGGAAGGGAGUGGCCCACACAAGCAGUCACAUUCGAACUUUCUAAUCAGCCAAAUCAAGCUUAAAAUGUUGACAGGCGUUUAUAAACCUGAAAAACCUGCCUGGUGACAUGUUGAGUAUGGAUGUGCCUCACAAUCUUGCAAAAACUUGCAAAUCCAUCAACUAAAAUGACUGCCAAAAAGAGCUGUGAAGUUAAAAGGGUAUCAAGAUCCUUGAAUACAUGUUUAGUCAGCAAAUCUUCCGUUGCAGAAUUUGGAAUGAGAUUGAGUAACAUAGUAUCAGGAAAUGCUACACAACAACAUGCAGGAGCAGCCUAUGGCCUCAGAUCAUUCACAGUUGGUUAAAAGUACUCUAGUUCAGAUGCUUAGAACCGAAAGUCAAAUUUUAUAUACAAAGUUCUGGAAACUUUAUACACUUUAGAAGAAAUUGAUAAAAAAAAAAAAAAGUUAUCUAACUAUUUUCCUAUUACACAUUUCUGUUAAAUGCCUCAGUUCUUCAUAUUGGUUGGGCAAUGUACCAAGUAAUGCCCCUAUAGGUUAGGUUAUGUAAAAAGUAUGUCUUUGGCAGCUUGCUAUUGAAGUCCUACAAGCCACCGAUGUCCUGAUGGGCCUGUACACAAACAGAUUACAGACAGUCCAGUCUCAAAGCCUGUUUGGUAAAUGGAGAGGCAUAUUUACUGAACAGAGAGUUGCAAAAGUCCUGGAGUUAUCUAAAAUAGGGUUAUCAAUUCCCCCAUGUUUUUCUAGACACAUAAGGGGUAUCAAGUAAUUCAUCCUUGAUGAUUCCUAAGGCGUCUGAAUUCUACAAACACAAAUGUUUUUGUGUGCUGCCCAUCAAUCUGAUGAAGUAAAACUUUUCCAGGAAACAUGAUAUAUCUGUCAACUAACCUCCAAACUCUCCUUUUACCUAUCUUAAACCUCACCUGCCCUAGCUCUGCAAUCUCCUUCUACAAUUCCACCUUCUCUUCUCAACUAGACAUCAUGGCACUUCCUAUACUUAAACGCAGCAAGCGCCCCCAACUACAACCUUGGCACACCAAGCUGACUUGAUACCUCCAAAAAUGCUCCAAAACUGCCGAACGCUGCUGGUGAAACUCUCAGUCUGCAUCUGAUUUUCUCCACUAUAAAUUGAUGCUGCGCUAUUAUAGCUUGGCUCUUUCGUCUGCAAAAGUCAAUUACUUCAAUACCUUCAUAACCACACUCUCCCGCGAACCCAAAUGACUAAUCCACACUUUUAGCUCUCUUCUUCACCUGUUGCUCCUCCUCCUACUGAAUUAACCGCCAUUACUCUUCAAACAUGCAACUGUAACCCCAAUUCUAAAAAAGCCCAACUUUGACCCUAACUCCCCGUGCAACUACCGCCCUAUCUCGCUACUGCCUCUUGCAUCCAAGAUCCUUGAAAUACUUGUGCAUGUGAGAUUGACAGACUUUCUCGAGUCCAAUUCUCUGCUAGAGCCACUUUAGUCUGAUUUCCGUUCUCAGCACUGUGUGGAAAUGGCACUGACCAAAGUAUCAGACGAUUUACUUGUUGCAAAAUCUCAUGGUUACUACUCUAUUCUAUUUCUCCUUGACCUUUCCGCUGCUUUUGAUACUGUUGAUCAUCAACAGCUUCUUCUCAUCCUCCGUAAUCUCUGUCUACGAGAUAUUGCUCUCUCCUGCGUCUCUUCUCUGUUCGUACUCCCACCUCUUGCUCGUAUCCAAGACUUCUCUAGGGCUUCCUGAGGAACUCCCUUCCCUUUUCCGUUAGACGCUCACCCAAUCUCCACUCCUUCAAAAAAUCAUUAAAAACUCACUUGUUCACAAAAAGCAUAUCAAUGAAACUGUUAAUGGCUCCAAAAAAACCCCACACUAAGUCUUCAUUGAAUACUAUUCUACCAAUCUACUUCCCUACUACUUCCCUUACCUUUUGUGUCACUAUAGCCCACCCCCUCUAGUAUGUAAGCUCAUUAACCCUUUAAGGACCAAACUUCUGGAAUAAAAGGGAAUCAUGACAUGUCACACAUGUCAUGUGUCCUUAAGGGGUUAAGCAGGGCCCUCAGCCCCUCUGUUUCUGUGCGUCAAACUUGUCUGGUUACAAUUACAUGUUUGUUAGUCCACCCAUUGUAAAGUGCUAUGGAAUUUGUUGACGCUAUAUAAAUAUAAUAAUAAUAACCCUAAUUGAUCACCUUCUGGACCUAUGAGGCAUCACAUGUAACAAAGGUAAAAGUGUAUUGAGAAUCUGGCUUUAAAGCUGUAAAGCCACGGUAUAAAGAAGUGCAAAAACUUUCACUAUGUCACAAGAUAAUAUUGUAAUUAAUCAAUUUUCACCAAUGUCACUAAAUAGUGUUUAAGUGAAUGUUAAGUGGUUGACAAAAAUAAUAAGUGUAUUUCAAUAUAAGAACUUCCCUUUGAUUUAACCCGAAUAUCUCCUCAAAUCUUCCACAAUAUAUAGAUACAAACAAUAGGGUCAAUCCAACUAUAGGGAGAUAGAGAACAAUAUAGUGCAACUCUAUAAAAGCCACGGUAUUGCUGGUUUACAAAUACUCCAUUUCAUUUUAAGAGAGAAUAACAUGUGAGAAUUUGCAAUAUUGAAGAAAGUAUUAGGACAUACUGUGUCGACACUCCAAGCCUCAAUCUCACAAUUAUUGAUUAUUAGUUUUUAAGUAAAUUCAAUUACUUAAUUGUUACAUGGUUGGAUGUUUGACUAAGUAGAUUGAUAAUACAUGUAGUAUCGUGGCAAAGAUGUAUUUACUGUUGAAAAUUGUAUUUUCAUUUCAUUCUGUUGGCCCACCCUAACUAUCUAAUGAACAGAAAUGGGAGAGUGACAUUUAGGAAAUGUUGACUAAGACGAGUGGACAUCUAUAUUAGUUAAAGGGGCAUCAUAACAUCAUUUCAGUAUAGUGAUCAUGCUGUCAUGUGUAUGGAUGCUACCAUGGGGCUUUACACAGCAUGGAUAGCCCUCUCCAGCUGCAUUAGUAAUGUGGGGUUUACACUUUCAUAUUAUCGAUAUCAAGGCCAUUCAAUCUGCACAUCAAUGAUUGACUGAGAGCAGUAGAGGCAGGUUAGCCCAGCUCAGUCAGCUUGUUAUUGCCAAAUUGCCACCCCCCGGGUGGCCGAACUGAAAAAAUUGUGAGACUAUCGGGAAUUUAGUGGUUAGUCGUACGACAAAGCCAACAGUAUAAUUUAUUAAUAGAUUUGUGAAAAAAACAAUUUGAGACAGUUGAUCUGAACCAAAUUCCUUUUAAUCCAUGCCAGAACAAAUCGAUCUGUUUUGGAUUUGCCUGUGUAAUGCUAUUCAUACAGAUGUGGAUUAAAAUGAAUUUGGUAUGGACGGUUCAACAUUUGUUUGUAAAAGUCUGCUAUAUUCUUUUGCAAAGCAAGAAAGUAAGGCUGUAAGAAGUGAUUUGUAGCCACAUUAAACUGGCUUUGACAUAAUUUGCAAAGACCCACUACGGUGACUUAGCCACUUGAUGUCCUGUGGCUGCAACGUGCCAGGUAAGGUAAGUUGUACUUACCUGAAGCUGUGCCUUCUGGCCGCUGCCAUCUGCACCCAUCUGGAUUCCAUUUCGGUGCUGUUACAGAUCAACACUGUGGUCUAUCAAGCAUCCCACAGGCAAUGCCAUAUUCCCACAGCCGCUGCUAGUGGGGAAAAUUGACAAAAGUCGACAAAGGUAGCUUUGUGUUUUGUCAAGGAGAGGAAAAAUAUUUAAGGCAUAGUAGUCCCUACUUUUCCUUAUGUAUUUUAUGAGAAAAACAUAGAAAAAGAAAAGGAACAUAUUUAAGCUAGAUAAGUAUAGGAUGACUGAGCUACAUUAAAGCUAAGGACUCUAAUAUAACAUUUAGGACAAGAUUUUAAAAAAAUAAACACAUAAAAAUAUAUUGUAUACAAUAUGACAGCUAAAGUUCUGAAAAUUCAGUAAGAGUAGCUUAUAUACUAUUUCACUUGCAUGUGCAUUUGUAUUGAAAAAAUCAAACAGAUAUAUCUUUGGUGAGAUCUAAUAUAUAUUAUCCUUUUUCAGACAGUUUAGCUGGAAUUGUACAGACAAAGAGUACUACUGCCGUGUUGGGAGCAGACGUGGUAUUGUCAUGUUACUACCAGGCAAAGUCAGAUGAAAAAGUGACGCAGGUCGUCUGGUCAAAGAAAGUGCCGAAUGGUCAGAACAUCCAGAUUGCCAUAUUAAAUCCUGAGUUUGGAGCCUACAUCUCAGAUCUUUACAGUGGGCGUAUCAAAGAGAAUGCUCCAUUACUUCCCCAAAAUGGGACAAUUACCAUGAAGAACGCUGUCCAAGCAGAUGAGGGUCUUUAUCAGUGUCUCGUAAACACCUUCCCAGAUGGAAAUUUUGAAGGCGAACUGACAUUAAAGGUGUUAGGUGAGAUAUAACUCGAUUCUUAACAGUUUCCUCUGUGUAAAUAACACUCUGCUGUUACAUAAAAAGUAUUAAUAACAAUUUAGGGGUACCAGGGAUGAAUAUCAUCAUAAGAGUCAUUGGAAAAUCCUUAGAGGUUCUUUACCUACAGUGGUGGUUGCAAGUUUUUUUUUUAGACAUCAAUGGGUUUAACUACAUCUGAUGGCCUUAAACAAACAUGAAAAAAGAGAGAAGAAAAUAUACACUUCAAACUCUUGGUAGUUUCAAAUGAAAAAUAAAAAAUAAAACUGCAACAGAGGGUCUGUGUAUUUUAUAAGGUGUUGCUUUGAGUUACCUCCAGGUCUUUGAUCUAUUGUUUCCUUUCAUAUAAAUUAAUUUAGCCUGCCCAAAGCUAGGGGUCUCAAGAAACACCAUUAGAAACCCACAAUUCUCCAGGAGAUUUCACUCUUUCUUUGAAUGAACCUGAUAGCAAAUUUAAAACAAACUAGGAAGUCCGAAGAAUAUAUAUAAAAAAAUAAAAGAAAUCAGGUAUUUUACCUCAGGGCUGGCCAAUAUAUAUAGGCCAAUUAAGCGGCCGACUAGGGCAUUACUUAAGGGGGGCGCCAGCAGCAACUUUACUGCUGGUUAAAGCCACCCCUCUAUAUGGGUUAAAUUGUGUUUUGCUUGCCGCAGGUGAUGGCACCGGGAGCUAGGGAGCACUUACAUGGCUGCAGACUAGUAACCAGGGCCACAAACCUCAGCCAGCCAUGAUCAUAGAGAGGCACCCCCCCUACACACCUCAUAUGCACGAGCGCAUCGUACUUAAAGAUAAUUAAGGCAGCCAGGCCUGGGACCCACGGAGAGACCAAAUUAAAUAAAAGCAAGUGGGGGACUUCAUGGUGUGUGUGUGUGUGUGUCAGCCUGUUUCAACCAGUGUGUGUGUAAAUGCUUGGAUCAGUGUGUAUGUGUGUGUGUGCUUGGGUCAGUGUAUGGGUCUACUUGGGUCAGUGUGUGUGUGUGUGCUUGGGUCAGUGUGUUUAUCUGCUUGGGUCUGUAUGUGUGUAUCUGGAUCAGUGUGUGUGUCUGCUUGGGUCAGUGUGUGUGUCUGCAGGGGUCAGUGUGUGAAUGUGUGUGUCACUCUGCAUCAGUCAGUGUGUGUGUAUGCCUGGGCCAGUGUGUGUGUGUAUGUCAGUCUACACGUGUUAGUGUAUGUCUGCUUGAGUCAGUGUGUGUGUGUCACUCUGUGUGAGUCAGUGAAUUUGUGUGUACAUUGGUCACUGAUUGUAAUUGUGUGACCAUUGAGUGUGGGUGAAUGCGUGUGAGUGUGUGUGUGUAUGUAUGUAUGUAUCAGUGAUUGCAUUUGGGCAAAAAGGAUAAUUUUUUUAUUUUUUUUUAUUUUUUUUAAAUCAAUACUUUUAAAUGAACACUAUAGUGUUAGGGAUCUAAACCUGCAUUUCGAAUACUAUAGUGUCUCUGUCCCUAAAUAGAUUCAAGUCCCCCCCUUCCAUAAAUAUGAUUUUAAAAAAAAAAAAGGUUGGGGGCGACAUUUAUCAAGCACCAAGACUUCCUCUGCACUGCUUGCCUUCUUACCUCGCUCAGUGUCACAAAUAGGACAAUGCUGAUCCAAUCCAAUGUUCCUCAAGAGCAUUGGUGGCAGGCGCUAUGCACUUCCACCUCUUCUAAUAGUUAAACAUGGCAUUGUGGUGGAGGUGUCUCUAGUGUGACACCUACUAGAGGCCUGUUUAACCCUUCAAGGUAAGGCAAUGCUUCAUCUUGUGGGAUUAAACCUACAUGACCACUGUUGAGUGAAUAGGGUGUCAAAAAUCCUUGCACCGGCCCUGUGUUACCUCUGAGCUCAAGUAGUCUGAAAUAAGAAUACUACUAACAGGCCUUUUCUCAGUGGUGGAUAUGGUGAAAUUAAGAAGAACUGCAAGCAAACUACAAAUUUUGGGUCAAAGUAGAUUCAAUGUCAAACUAUCGGAGUUAAAAAAAUUUCCAACUCAAUUUAUUUAUAUGGAACCUUAUAAUGUAAGUAUGAAGUUGACUAAAUAGAUCACUCUGAGAUUUAUAUACAUAUGAUUUACUGUUUGUCGAUCUUGUGAAUUAUAGUGCCACCUUUGCCCACUCUGAUCGAGGGUCCUCCACUAGUAGAAGGAGAUGGCAAGACUCAAGCAGCUUCUUGCACUGCUGAAGGCAAUCCUGCCCCCAUUCUGUUUUGGGAGACUGAAGUCCGAGGGACCAAUACUACUAGGAAAACUACGCAUCCGCGCUCUGAAUCUGUGACCAGUGAAUUUUUUGUUGUACCAACCCGCAGUAUGAACGGGAAAACCCUGACCUGUGUUGUUUAUCACCCUGGAUUUGAACGCGAAAAGCGCAUCAAACAUAUCAUUGGGAUCAAGUGUAAGUAUCUAAUUUACUGUUUAUUUAAGCAUCAUUAAGCAUCCCUAAAUUUAAGGUUUUCACAUUCCAUUUCAUGUAAAGAGACAAACCUGGCUCAUAAGCUUGCAGUCUACAGUCCAUCUGGAGACACGUGCCUGAUCUCGCUAUAAUUAUGCCUGGCCUAUAUGGGAUUACAUUAUUUAAUAGUAUUCAGUGAUGCAAUUUUAAAAUGUGCAAAUUGUGUACAUACAAAAGUAUGUAAUUAAAAGUUGCUAAUUUUUCAGAGUCUCUAUUACAUAAGCUCUGCAGUUAGAAAUGUAUUCAUUGCUGCUGCACGCACAUGAACCUUUCACCAAAGCACACAGUGCAAACAAAAAGACAAUACAUGGCCAGUAAAUAUGGAGAAAAUGUAUACCAAAUGCUCAAAUACAAUUAAAAUGACCUUAUUACUACUUUCAUAAUACUUGUGAAUUCUUAACUGCGCAUAUGGAACACAAAAGGACAAAAAUAAGACCUAUAGUGCAUAUUUUGGAAGUUUGCACUAUAAGUGUUGUUUUUGUUGUUGUUUGUGUUUUCUGCUUGCACUUGGGAGCUCUGCAGCAAUAUUGGGUGAUUAAUUAUAUAGUAACUCCAUCAAUAUGAGACUCAUGCAUUCACAAGCUAAGAGUAUGCACCUAUGCACUGGAAUCGUGUAUACACAAUUUCUAAUAUUGAAAAAUUGCAAUAUAGCCAUUUGUCCCCUUUGGGGUCUCAGAGAGCAGUGCCGGCACUAACACUACAGCACCGGCUCUGCUCUGACCCCCAGCAUCUGCAUGGGCCAAUGAGGAGAUCUAUAGAUCUUGCAGAGCAAGUCUGUACCUGCAGACUAGCAUCUAAGCCACCCAGACCACCAGCUAAUAAAAUAAUUAUUCCCCUGAUAUCCAAAAGGCAAACGGGGGGGUAACACAAAUGUAUGCUGCUCAGUGUGUGGGGAGGCUGGACACAGAAAUGCAUCCUCCCACCACAGUCUUCCCCCUUAUUUGUUCCCCCCUCUUCCCCUCACACACAGCUACACUCACCCCACUAACCUUGGAGGAAAUAGCAUAGCACACAUUGUAUUCCACGUUUAUCGGUCACAUUUGUACAAAUCUGAGCUGUAUCAGCUUCUGCCAUAUUUAAUCUUUGAAAAGACAUUUUGUACAUAUAUCUGUUAUCUCCGGGAAUAUGUAGAACAGUUUUCUGAAAAGUUAAAAAUGUUCAGAUCCUUCCUCUUCUACUAGGAGGACAUAAAUGCUCAGUAUAUUUCUUCCUCUUUAGAUUUGGGGGAUGUAACCAUCAAGGGCCACGAAGAAGGCUGGUUUGCUGGGAAAGAUGAUGCUGUAUUGAAGUGUUUGUGUGAGGGGAACCCGACACCUGAAUAUAAAUGGUCAAGGUAAAUAAAUGUUUAACACGGGUAUGCCUGUGUCUAGUUUAUUAAUGGAUAACGUACAAAGAUAAGAGUUGAUAUGCCAGUAUAUCAUUAUCUAUAUUCAUUAAUAAUUCUGACAUUUGAAGGUAAAUGUUUUGGCUGCCACGAGAACAGUACAUAUUACAGGCUAAUCAUUCCAAUGCUCUCUGUAAAAAGAUCCAUAGGGUCUCUAGACUGCUUAUAAGAUUGGCAUCUCCUCAAUCACUGUCAAGAAAAUAAUUCACUAAAGUUUUAAUUGUUAGGAUUUGAAAGUACAUUUAACAUUCAAAUCCAAAAUAGCUGAACUUAAAGGGACAGUUUAGGAAGCGUAAGGCACCAUAACAACAUCAUCUAAAUGAAGCACUCUGCGCAUCCCGAGACUGAGAUUUCAGAAGCAGGAUGCUGUCUGGAGAGAAGCUGAGAUUGGUGCUGGAGGCCACUUCGGGAUUAAACCAUUACAGCACGGCUUAACCCCUAAAGGUAAGAGUGUGCCUGACGAAGAUGACGUUGUUUUGGUGCCUGGAGUCCCCCUUUUUUGGUGCCUGGACUUUUUUGGUGCCUUUUAAACAUAGCUGACUUGGAGAAUUUUUUCAUUUGCGGUAUGGUGGCCUAACAUUUGAAAUCCUCUUUGAAUGAUCUUAUCUUUCAGUUCCCAACAAAUCACACUUUCAUAAAUAACUGUGUGUUUAAUGAAUUCUUGGGUGAGCUAAAGAGAAACUGAUCUAGGAUGAGAAAUGCUUAUUCAUACAAAAAAAACAGCAACCUUUUAAUAUUGGUGAGAUUGGACCAGUGGAGACAUGUCUGAAAUCAGCACAGUUUGAUGUUCACAGAGGAGUUGUCAGCCUAAAAUCACAAUAGAAUGUACACAUAUCAUGCUUGGCCUGGAGAUAAACAGUCAUUUUAAAUUCAGAAUAAGAUACACAGCUCAACAGGCACAGAGAAGAGCCCCCGAUCUAAAAUAAUACAAAAAAUGACUGCACCUCUGAAUGCAGGAAAUGCCUGUAUUUAAUUUGAUUAUUUUAGAUCAACUGUGGAUAGUAUCCCAGGCAAAAUAUUCUUCUAAGAUUUUUGGCUGAUGUCCCUCUCUAUGCCAGGCAAUAUGUGUAUUUUCUUAUAUUACAUCAUAGUAUACAUACACUAUAAAACAUAUUGACAAAAAGCCUACCUAUAACCAGAACAGGAUUUACAUAUCAUUUCAGUUACUGAGUGCAAAUUAUACUGAAAGGAUUUAUACAUGGUGAAUCUCCACAAAUGUCCAAAGAGUCCUGAAUCUGGUGGGAUAGUCAUUAUUCUGGACUUGUCACCUUGGUUACUCUUUUGCGGUCCUUAUUCUUGGUCACACUGCCUUUCUCAUUUUAUGUAAAUAAAAAUGUUAGGUACAUCUCAUAUAAAAUAUAUGCAACGACAAGAAGAGAAAUAACAGAAACUAAUAGUGUAGUAAGUUAAACAUUUUUUUAAUCUAAGUGUAGAUAAAGAGAUGUGGGUAUGUGGGAUAUCCAUAUAACCACAAGGAAAUCUACUACUGCAAGAACUGUAUGCAGAGCCUGUACUACGCUAUAUCUCUAGGCAGGGAACAUUCCGCCCAAGCUUUUUCAGUUGGAGCUGAAUUAAGGCUCCUAAAGAGUGUGAGUGCACAUUGUUUAUCUACCCUCAUCCUAAACAAAUGUUAACUUAUUACACUAUUAGUUUCAGUUAUUUCUUUUCUUGUCAUUGUAUUUUAUAAAGACACCUCUGGCAUUACACUAUUUCUUCUGUUUUACCUUAUAUUUUACCGGACUAGAGACCCCGGAUUUGGUGAUUUAGCUACCUUUUGAACUAUACCAGUAAUUUACAAGCGCUGAAUUUCCCUUUGCUUUUACAUCUCAUUUGAAGUCACAUACUAUAACCAAAAUUAAGGAUUUUCCCAGAGGAACAGUUCAUCAGACAUGUACUGAGCUUAGCAUAGCUUCUAAGCUCUAAUGGCAGUUUUAAGAUCCAAUCACUAUUAUGUAGAUCUAUAUAUUUGUUUUUUAAUUGUACAAAAAAGUAAUUGUAUUUCAGGUAGGAAUAAUCUGCUAUGUGUUAAUGUACAUGGAACUCAGGUAGCAUUAUAACCUCUACAGCUUUGUAUUACUUUUACCCUGGGCUUGGCGCCACUUUCCGCCGCCACUACUUCUGUUCUAAAAUGGUUUGAAAAUUUAGAAGUGGUGAGAGCCUGGGCACUCCUUGAACCAUAACCACUACACAGUACUGUAGUGGUUAUGGUGUCUGGUUGUGUUCGUUUAAGAGAUCGUGUUACAGAACAUGUUACAUGUACAGAAAGAGUGUUCUUUAAUCACACUGAAUUUUUUAAAUUCAAAAGGGGGAUUAUUUAAAGGAGCAAUAUUAAAAGAGUAGAUAUGAUCUUUGCAGCAGAGAUAAUCACAAUGUAAACAGUAAGAAAUUCUAGAGUCAGGUCUGGGCAGACCUAAAUGCUUCUCAGUUGGCAAAUCGACAAGACGUGUGAGUUUGUGGGAAAAAGUGAGGCUUGCGAUUCUGGCCAGACUAGUUUAUGAUGUCAUCUCUCCAUCUUGUCGCUUACGAGCUGGAGCAUGUGAAUAAUUGAGAACCAUGUUAGUCAGGGUAGAUAAUAUCUUGAUAGAGGCGCUGCUCUCACUUAAAACACAAUUCUUUCUGCCCGGUGUUCUUAAUAGUAUAUUAACAUUCUCCUAUUGCCCUCUAUUCAAUGUUCCCAGGGUGAAUCACUCCAUGCCAAAUGCUGUAAAAGCUGAAGGGAACAGCUUGAUAUUCCAGAACCCACUCAGUGGGGAGGAUGCCGGUGUCUACAUCUGUCAUGUGUCCAAUGGCAUCAGCAGCAGGACAAGCAGUGCAACUGUUUCCAUAUCAGGUUGGUAGAACAAGUAGAGAUAUGUGCAUGGCCACAUUACACAGAAAUGACCUGAUUUGUAUAAUGUGUUGUCUAUGCUGACUACACAGAUGGUCUGUUCUGCUUAAUGUACAAGAAUACUAUCUGAUUUAAGCAAUAUUACACCUGCUACCAGCCCAAUUUCUACAUGCAAGAAAAGACAAAACAAAACAAAGAUGGAGGGAUGAUUAAUGGCUUUCAUUGAACCCAGGUGUGGUCAGGGUGGGUCUGAAACUUCAAAGUCAACUUUACAUUUGUAGGUGUAAUGAGAACAAAAUGACAUCAAAAUGACAAGUUUCACCCAGUGAAGAGACCGUCAGUCCUGUAUGAAAAAAAACGACAGGUACACGUAUUGCUUCUAGGAAGUAGUUGCUUUGAGGGGAACCACUUAAAUAAAGAAGCUCUGAUUUUAUUAGCGUACAAACAGAGAACUCAAUCUAUAAAGAAACCAGCUUGUGAUGUUAAUUUAAUUAGAAAAUAUAGUCUGGCUGAGAGUUUUGGGAGCAACAGUCAUCAGCAUCUUGAUGGCAGGUAAGCACCACAUUACCCUGUAUCUCCUACAGCCUUAAUUCCCCACUGUUCCUUCACAAUAAUGCAGGAGUACACUGCCAUACCCUUCAUCAUCACCGUGUCUGGUACAAUGCUGGGCCAUUGUCAUGACAAAUGUAGUUGCAGUCUUUUAAGUGCAGUGCUUUUGUAUUUUAUUAAACAUUUUUUUAGAGAGCGCUUUACAAAUUGUGCAAAAAUAACCUUAAAAUAAUUAGACACACUGAAACAAAAGGAGAAGAGAACCCUGCCAACACUGAGCAGUAUUCAGAAAGAUGAAGAUGAUAGAGAGGUGGCAGAUUGGGGAGCUGUUGUGAGGUUGAUAUAUAGUAGCUAUAAUGAUACCUAUAGUAUGAAGUCUGACAUGAUAAAAUCUGACAUUUUACUACAAUGUACACUUACAGUCCAAGUUGCAUUCCUAUUGUGCCCUAUAGUGCCUUCCUCCCUCCCAAGCUCAAUGGGUUAAAAAAAAACUUUUGUCACUUACCUGAUUCCUGCGCCAAUGCAUCUUGGCGCUGGGUCAGUCUCCACCGCCGUUGGGGAGGGCCGAAUGCGUGUGCGCAGCGAGUGCAUUAGGACUUCGCCAUAGGGAAGCAUUGAAUCAAUGCUUUCCUAUGGGGCUUUAGCAGACGCUGAAUGUCCUCAUGCAAAGCUCAGUUGGCGGACCAAAAGUCCACUAAGAACCUGAAGCGCCCCUGGUGGUGGAGUUAAUCCUGCAAGGUAAUUAUUGCAUUUUCUAAAAAAAAACUGCAAUAAUUACAAUUGCAAAGUUAAGGGGACAGGAGCACCAAGAGAAACAUUCUUUAUUCACUAUUCAGACCCCCCUCUGCUGGAUGUGUACCUAGAGGGCAGAUGUUUUCAGGUGGUCAGGAAUGGGUACAUAUUGGUCAGGGGUCCUUCAGAAUAAAGAGAUUUAUGAUAGAUAGAUAUAGACAGACAGACAGACAGAUAGGUAGAUAGAUAUGUGGGUUAGGUAGAUAGAUGGAUUAAAGGAUCUCUUUGUAGAAAACACUGUGUUUUUAAAGUAAGUUUAAUGAGAUUGAUACAUUUUGUAUGAGAUGAUGUCACUGUAUUUCGGUAUUAGUAAACCUGCCAGAAAGUGGAUUUACUGGAGGCCCUUGUCAGUUUGCAUUAAAAUAUCCUUAUCCAGACUAACAAAAUACCUAGAUUCAUUUAAAAUGAAUACAUUAGCUUUCCUUUUUAAUAUGCAAAUCGCCACAAACUGCAUAUGUUGAAUUGUACCGUGAUUAACAGUUUGUUGUCUUUUAAAAUAAAUCAUAUAAAAUUGAAACUGGUUUUGAGUAGCUCUUUAACUAUUUACCAUAUUUGAACACAACCGCAGUAAAACAAAUGUGUCAAAUGAACCGCUGUGCUUUGUAUUGAGGUUUAUAUAAUUCAAAUGAUUUCAUGAUAUAACCACAACUUAAAUGUCAUUGUAUACGAUGACCUGGACAGAAAAUGCUUUGAUGUCCAGUCAUUUAGCAAGAAGUAUCCAGGGCGGUAGAUUUAACGAAUGGACAACCUGUAGUGCCCUUUCCCUUAAUAUAUGAUGACCCACCUACCCCCCCGAGCUUCCAAACCAGUCUUACCAGCUGCAUUCCUGUUUGCAGAUGGUUGAGCACUGAGUAGACUGAGUGAAUCCCUGCUUGUCCUACAACUUAUUGAGGGUGAGUCAUUUGUCAAUGCACAAACAAGCCUGACACAGCCAAUAUUAUUAUUGGUGCAGCAAACCCAACCUAAAAGCUAAGUAAAUAACUUCCAUUCACGCACUGCAUUUAGAAAAACUGGGUCUAAUUUGUUUGAUUAAUGAAACAGUAACUAAUCCUAUCUCGUAGCAAAUAAUCAGUUGUUUUAAUUCAUGCUCCCACUUCACAGAGUAGUACUACGGCUGCUUCCCAUGCCGCCCACCUGUGAAUUUACCUAUAACCUGCUGGGUGGCUUAUUUCAGACAUAAUGGCAUAUUGUGACUUUUGCACUUCCUGUGAUACUGGCAUGACCCAGAGUGAUAGAGUAAACAUAGUUUCAUGUUCAUUGUUCUUCCACAUGGGUGCGAGUUAUUUAGCUUUUGUAAAUGUAAAUAUUCUCCCCAGGAUAUCCAGUCAGGUUGGGUUUAAAUAAAUAUAUACCUUAUUCUUAUAUUAAAGGAACCCUUCCACCCCUAUAAGAGCUUCAGCUCAUUGAAGCUGUUAUGGAGGAAGGAGUGUCCAGGUGCCAUCUUCCUCAACAUUCCUCAAUUUGUGGUAGCAAGAGGAAGGAAGUUGGGGUAGCGUGUCAGGCACCGAGGGACCUACUUCGGGAUUAAACCAUUGGAAAAUGGUGUAACCCCUGAAGGUAACACAAAACCAGACUCUUUAAUGAACUGAAGUUGUUACAGAGGUUGUAGUGUUCCUUUAAGCGCUGAUUUGAAGGACAAAGGCAGUAAAUCGCCUGCCUUCAUCCUUAAGCAAAAGGGACACUCUAAGCAUCAAAACAACUACAACUUAAUGUAAUAGUUUUGGUGAAUAGACGCUGCCGACUUUUUAUCUGACAAAUGCAAAUCAGCUGUUAAUAUUGCUUGUUCUUUGAAACGCUGUUUAACAGUUUUAAAUUGUUACCAGUUAGUACUAGUUAAAUAAUUUAUCAAUUCUUUCACAGAUCUAUAAAAGAACUCAGUGGAACAGGGAAGGACAAAUGCAGAUCCCAAUCUGUUGCAGAACUAUACUUCCCUUGAUGCUUUGCCAGGCCAGCCUUUAGGGUAAAACAUGCCAGGUGUUGUUAAAGGAAUAACACCUGACGGGAUGCUUUACCCUAAACAUAUAAGUGAAGUUAUGGUGCCAGGCGGCCCCCGGUCGCAUUGUUACCUUCAGGGAUAAAAAGAUGUUUUACAAUGGUUUAACCCUAAAAUGAUUACAAUGCUGAUAUAAGCUCACCCCAGGCGGAAUCCGGAUUCUGAUAUUUCAAGGAGUGUUGCUAGGCAGGGGUGCUGCUGAUUGGCUGAUAGUGGUCAGCAGACGCUCUCAGCCAAUCAGUGACUUCCCAUUUACAAAACUGGCUUAGAAAGAAAGACAGCUGACCUCUCUCAGCCUAUCAGCGUUGCCCCUGCCCAGCAGCAUGUGCACUUCUGGAAUCUGCCAGAAGCUGCCAAGGGGAGCUGAGAUCACCGCUGGAGGAAACUUCGGGGUUAAAUCAUUCAUAAGUAUAUUAACAAAAAUAAGAAUGUGCUCAAGGGCCUCCGGGCACCAAAGCAGCUUCAUUUAGAUGAAGUUGUUAUGGUGCCUUAUGAUGCCUAAACUGUCCCUUUAAAUAACAUCUGUGGAACUAACAUUGGCCACCCCUACAUUAGUGCACACAAUAUAUAAGUUAUUAUAUAAUAGGUAAAGUAUAACAAACUAUUUAACUCCCCCCCCACAACCCCCUUUUAUGUUAGAAAUGAUUGUUCCAGACAUAAUCUGAGAGAUCCACAAAGGUUUAUUAUGACAUGCAAUAUAAAAGGUCAAAUAUUUUUCUCCUUUUUUUAGAGAGUGAACCCAGGAAGGUGGAUGUGGUGUCUGUGUCACUUGUAACGGUGGGAGUAGUGACUGCUCUUUUGCUGGUGAUUCUAGUUAUCACUGUGCUCUUAGUCAAUCGUCAUCACAAACGGAGGACAAAGAGACUUUCUGAGAAAAUGUAAGUACAUCUUUCUGAGUGGUACUCUGUCAACAUAGAAGGAAGGGAAUAAGAGUCCAGACCAAUCCGCUAUAAGCCUUAUUAUAAGUCUAGACUAAUAUAAACCUUAUACUUGAAUCCAGACUAACCAGCCAUAAGCCCCAUGUAAUGAAUCCGAUUUGUCUAGGCAUUUGGCAAAUAUGUUUUUCAUCAGUAAGCCCAAACUCCAAAUAUGUUAAGUGUAUCCUUUCAAAAACUGAAAUAAAGACUUUAUUCUCUACAGAGAGGAGCUCUCCACCUUAUCCAGAGAGGCAUCACGACGAAGACUGAACUCCACCUCAGCAAGCACCGAUACCAAAAUGCAGGUGAGGAUACAACUGUCGGUGCCUGUGUCACAAACCAUAUGGCCACUUAUUGAGGCAAAUGUCUCUAAAGAGUAUUCAUUUCACCACAAAACAAUUAGAAAUGUAAUUCUAAUGAGGUGGAUAAAAUUUAAUAUUGCUUAUUUUUUAAUUUACACAGCUGGAAGAAAGCAUGCAUCUAAGGUCCGGUAACCAUCCUGACAGCCUAAGGGAUCCAAGUAUCAGCUCCAUGAUGGUAAGAGAAUGCUUACAAGGCUAGGAUCUCAAGACAUUCCAUGACAUAGGAUUCUAUCUGGAAUCACAUGACAUUUUGGCAUCAGAUUCUUCAGUUACUCAUUUGUUAGAUAAUCUUCUAUCACGUGUUUGAACAUUUCAAAAUAUUUAUGUCUCAAUGUAUAAGGUUAUACAGUGGAAGUCUAGAGUGCGUUAAUUAAAUAGGUACAUAUGAGUGAUCCAGUCUAAAUCAUUGCAUAUGGUUGUAGACAGGCCCGGACUGGCCAUCGGGAAUACCGGGCAAAUGCCCGGUGGGCCGUGAUGGCCAUGGGCCGAGGCCGGCAGGGGAGAUCACAGCAUCUCCCCGGCCGGUUCAUGCAGGGCCAACACUAUUUGAGCGCCAGCCCUGCUGUGUGCCUUCAUGGGCCAGCAGGGAAAUCAAAGAUCUCCCUCACCGGCCCACAGACAUGCUCCCGCCAGCAGGGGAAAGAGGAAGAGGAGGACCCGGGGGAGCUCUUAACUGCAGGUAACUCUCAGAUCUCGCGAGAGUGAACUCUAGCCUUGCAGGACCAAUCCGUAGGACCACCAGGGCUGGCAGCAUGGCCCCCUCUCCCAGGCUAAAGGUAAGAAGGGAGGGGGGAUAUAAAGUUUGUUUUUCUUUUUUUAAUUUUAAAAAAAUAAUAUAUUUAAAUCUUCCCCCCCUCACACAAUCCUUCCAAACAUAUUCACACACAAAGUACCCUCACACACACAGCACCCCUCUUACACACACACUGCACCCUUCACGCAUACACACAGCACACUCACAGACAACACCAUCACACACACAGCACCCCUCUACAAAUCCUCUACACACACACGAUCUCCUAUACACACCCUGGGUCCUUUACACACUAGAUCCCCUACACACACACACUGCACCACCUACAAACACUACAUUCCUGACAUACAAACUCUGGAUCCCCUAUGCACACAUUACAUUCCUUGUAAGCAAACACAUACUACAUUGUCUAAACACACACUCUCUAUUGCCUGUACACACACUAUAGCCCAUAUGCACACACUCUAUAACACUAUCCCCCUAUACACACACUUUUUAUAGCCCCUAGUCACACAUAUUGCACCACAAACACAAAUGAAAUUGACCUAUUUACACAAUACCACACCAUAAUCAGCUCACUCUACACAUGCGCAAUCCCACAAGCAGGCUCCAAACAUAUGCAAGAUACGCUUUCCUGGCCCUUUUGUCAUCUGGUAUCCCACUUAUGGAGACACCAGAGACAAGUUAAAAGUAAACACAGCGCAAGCAUGUCAUUAAAUUUGCUUGCGCUGUGCAGAACAAAUACAGGGCCUUUUUCUCAUGCUAGAGCUCUUCAGCGGGGCUCUGCGCAUUGAACCAACAUGCUCACUUUGAGAGGGGGCGUGCUUGUUAGUGAUGACAAAACACACCCUCUCUUGCCCUGCCACCUUCUCAGGGGGCCGCUGUGAUUGAAAAAUGCCCAGACCAAAUUUUUCCCCAGUCCAGCCUUGAUUGUAGAAUUCAGGGUACAUUGUAUUAGGUUGGUGAAUGCAGGUGGGUAUUGGGUUUACAGACAGGAGAAUGGUAGUUCAAGUGGUAAGUGGCUACUGGAAGCAGGAGAGGAAUGGUUGUGUUAGUGAAUGGGGGAACUUGGAGCUUGUAAGUACAAAGCAAAUGCUGUAUUGAGCUACUUUGAGCAGGGCUAACAUAUGGAGCUAGUGGGUGCGAUGUGAAGAGAUUAUGUGGAAAGGGUAUUGGGCUAGUAAGAGCACGGUAUAAGGCUAAUUGGAAGCAAUGGAUGGGGUACUGGGGUAGUGGAGGUGGUAUUUAGAUAUAUCCUGUAGGGAAGUGGAAGAUACCUGUCUGUGAAAUGAGGUAUUUGGCUGUGUGAAUGCGAACAGAGGUGGAAUGCGUAGGCCACAGCAGCUAUGUUGGUUUACUCAGUGUAUUCAGAGGGUAAUUUAUUAAACAUUUAUUUAAUUAAUUAAUAUGGUUAAACUCACACAAAAAAAACACAAUUACAUGCUACAGUUUAUUUAACGCCAGUUUGCACACCAAAACCAGAUUAGUAGUCAGUAUACAACUAGAAUUUACUGUAACAACUUGAAACUAAUUUAUUUUUGUUCUCUGUAAAAAAAAACUGAGAACAAGCAAACAUUCAUGAAAAAACAAAUACAUAUGCGUUUUCUUUCAAUCCCUCUAUUGUUUCCUUCUAAAUACUGUGAACACUUAAGCUGCCAUUAAUCUGUUUGUGUACCUGUCACAUUCCUGUCUCUUUUCCAGUUCGACCUGUAAAGGUCUCUUUCAGGUAAACUCUGCACAGCUGCUGUUUCCCAUUUGCAGUUGUACAGGUCUGUCAGUCUGAUACAAGAGAAGACAGACAUCCCUUUCUCCCAGUUGUAUUUCAGAAUACAGUUGGUGUCUCCUCCUGUAAAUAUGAUACAUUGCAUUCAGUCAAUAUUUGGCUUAUUGCAGCUAUAUGUAUUCCUUUUUUCGAGUCUUGGAACCCUGAACAAUGAAAGGGCUUCUGUAUUACCAAUAGGAGAUGGGUCAAUGUACUCCAUCCAAACAAGUACCUGCUGAACUCAUUUUAAUGAUAAUGUAUAUGUGAUUGGUCACACAGAUAUGCUGGGUGAAAGGCUUCAGUAGCAUUUGUAUAGUAAAGCUUUAGGGGUGUCUGGUAAUGGCCUCCCUCAGUGAGCACAGAGCUUACAUUAAAGGACCACUAUAGGCACCCAGACCACUUUAGCUCAAUGAAGUGGUCAGGGUGCCAGGUCCCUCUAGUUUUAACCCUGCAGCUGAAAACAUAGUUUCAGGGAAACUGCUAUGUUUCACUGAGGGUUAAUCCAGCCUCUAGUGGCUGUCUCACUGACAGCUGCAAGAGGCACUUCCGCGAUUCUCACUGUGAAAAUCCUAGUUAGAAGACGCUGGAUGUCCAUACUAUGGACAUCUAUGGGCGGUUUGAAUGCGCACACGGCUCAUGACGCGCUGACGUCGGCAGGAGGAGGAGAGUUCCCCAGUGCAGAGGGAGCCUGGCGCUGGAUUAAAAUAAGGGGCUGAAGGGGUUUUAAGCACUUCAACCCAGCGGGAGUGGGACCAAGAGGGUGGGGAGCACCUAAUGACCCUAUAGUGCCAGAAAACGAGUGGUCCUUUAACAUCUGAAAUGUAGGGUUGCUAUAUCCACAAUGCUUUCCUGGAUACACAAAAUAUCAUUAUGUUGCCUGGUAGCACAUGAAUAUACUGCCCGGUAGUAUGUAGAAUUCUCUAACUGCAGCAUUUUUUUUAUUAUGGUAAAAACAUAUUUUGCCACUAGAGGGAGCAAUGCAUCACUUUGUUCUGUUGCAGCAGUUGAAUCAUAUGAUAAACCUUUACCUACAGUUUGAAAAAAAAUGCUUUCAGUUUUCUGAACUCCCACAAAUAUUUAAAUGGACAGCAGAGAUAUGGCAGUACCUCUUUUAAACUUUUUCAAAGCAGUUCCAAAAUACAAGAGUGCUGUUCGUUAAUACAUAUAUGUUUACUUAUGAACUAUAUACAUAGAUACAUAUAAAAUAGAAUGUAUGUAAGGUGCUUUACACCUGCUUAACAAGUGAAUAUCUGCUUAAGAAUUAUUUAUAUUAUAUUAUCUAUUCUAUGUAUAUUUUAUACACACGUUUUAUAAAAGUAUGUGUACCUAGAGAGUGCUUAUGGUAUUUAUUGAUUUUACAUCUUACAUAUAGAAUCAACGUAUAUAACUGCUACUGAGCGUUAGGUAGGAUGAAUAGAUAUCUAUCCUAUUUGGUAUAGUAAGAAUAUGUAAUUGAUGCAAUAAAAAUGUCAUGUGCUUCUAUUAAGGGUUGAUCUUGUCCAAAACCGCAAAAAAAAAAAAAAGGUUAAAACAAUAAUUCUUUUUUAAAAUGCUGCCUUUUAAGUACCCGGAUAACAAAAAGUACUAGUGUGUUAUUUUAAAAUUGACUAUGGCAUACCUAACUUUUUUAUGUUAAACAAAGAUUUUAUUCUUUCUGCAGGGGGAAGAGCUAGAUCGUCGGAGUUAUUCUACUUUGACGACAGUCCGGGAAACAGAGACACAGACAGAGCUUCUGUCCACUGUGCCAGACGAAGACGUUAAGGAGGAGAAUGAGGAUGUGACAGAUCAGGAAGAAGUGCCACAAGACAGAGACACAGAUCAAGAUGAAAGAUAUGUCACUGUUACGGGUAACCAGCCCUUUAUUAAGCAAGGGAUGGCACACUUUUACCAAGAAAAUGGUACAUUAAGGGCAAAGCCAACUGCCAACGGGAUCUACAUAAAUGGUCGGGGACACCUUGUAUAACUAAAGGUAACUAAGACUCUGAAAAGCUCUGAGUUGUGUUGAAGCAAUUGACUUCCUGAAACUGAUGAGAUAGAAUGACCUUUCCUGAUGGACAGUCUUUGCUAAAGACUGUAUCUGCUAUAUUAGCCAGAUGUCAUCGAGAGUCCUUCACACUGUAAAUAAUGCACUAUGGAGGGAACAGCAAGUUGCAACAAAAUAAUCCCAGAUCCACAAGAGACAUUUUUCCACAAAGACACGUCAGUGAUUUUUUUUUUUUUUAACAGAAUUCAUUGUUUCCUUCAAAGACAAUAAAAAGACUUUGUAGAGAGAAAUUAAAAAAAAAGCCAAAAAAAAAAAGAAAGAAGAACAUGAUAUAUUCUGUGACUCAUCUCUCAAAAUUGAGAUUUUGGAUUGAAUACCUAAAAUGCGGGUAAACAGGGCUCUGUGUUUUGCUAAAUCCGUUGGUAACUAGAUGAGAUUCUGAUUGAAAAUGCUCACUGCUAGAAGCUCAACCCCUUAAGGACCAAACUUCUGGAAUAAAAGAGAAUCAUGACAUGUCACACAUGUCAUGUGUCCUUAAGGGGUUAAAGAAAAACACUGCUGUCAGUAUUACAAAAAUUAUAUUAACAGGCCCACGUUUUGGGUUUUGCAUCAUCUCCUGGUUUAAAUGAAUGGGCUUAAAUGCGAUAAAUUGAAUUAAGUACAAAAAAAACCACCUCAACAUCAUAUUCCUAAAGAAAAGAUAGUCCUCUAAAGGGUGACUAGAAAGACUGGAACUUCUGAAUGUGAAAUCCCAUCAUGUUGAUUUCUGCAAGACAAUCUCCAUUAGCAAAAACUAGCAGUAAAUCUGUUCUUGCUCAGUAGAUGUUAAAUUGGAUUAUACUCAUAAAGAUAAUUCUAUAAAACUUCUACCCUGCAAAUGCUAGGGUUUAAUUUGAAAACUGGAAUCAAGUUCAUUGUAAUAUAACCCAUCACCCAACAAUCCUGAUCUCUGCAUCUAUGAAAACCCGAAAAAAGUCCCCGAAAGAGCAGUGCGUCAUUAAAGAUGCGUUCGGCAGCUGUGUUUUCCUGUGCAAGAGCACUUCAACCAGACGCUAUCUUUAAAGUGCUUAAGACCCAAUAUGUUGUAAUAAAAUCUUGUUGUCAUAACUACCUGUUGGGUACAUAGCUUUUGUGAGUUAACAGAGAGCUAUGGUGUAAAUAACCUUGUAAAUGUAUUUUGGGCGUAUGAAGAGAUAGCAAAGUAAAACAACACAACCCCUCAAAACUUGUGAUGUGCACCAUGUCUCUAUUUAUACAAAGUGUAAAUAGUUUAUAAAUAUUUCUAUUUAUAGAAGGGGAAUGUGCUUUGAUUUUAAUAAAGGGGGAAGAUGUUUUGUAAAAUAUAUUAUCAGCUGACAUUUAGAUUACUGUAAAAUACAAAUAAUUGAAAAAUAACAUGAUUUUCACAUUUUUUGCUUAAGAUUUUCCGAUAUCUGAAAAUACAUAUUAUACAGACUUAGAUUGAGGCUCUGUCCUUUAUUACACAGGCAAAACAGAAUGAAGUUAUGUGAUUACAAUUUGAUUUUGUGUAAAUGAAUGUCUUCACGUUUCCAGAGUUUUGUUACUAGCCAAGUCUUAAAAGUUACUUGCCACUGCAAGGCUGGAGAUUCCAGGCACACUUACCAGAGAUGAAUUUCUAUUUGCAAAGGCUACAUUUUUAAGCCUGUAAAGACAUGUGAGUGAAAUCCCAUAGCUAUGUUACAUGCCAUUUUUAUGUAUGGCACAUUUUAAAAAUGUACACUUUUUGUGCCAUGAUUUUCAUUACAGGUCAGGUCCAGGUGAUGACAAAACAAAUGAUUUGCAAACUAGUUCAGGAGGCAAAUAAAGGAUCACAGCAGGUUGGAGACGAGCUAUUAUUUUUUUAAUGCGUUAUAUACUUAAUAAGACACAAGGUACUCAUUUUAAGCUCAGGCGUUUAUAAAAAUCUCCAUUAUUUUCUGCAUUUGCAGUGAAAUGUCACCACACUAGGAAGUGACUCAGAGAACAACGCUGCUCAGUUAACUUUUCAUAAAUACAGCAAGGGAUUCUGCUAGUUAUAGUUCAAUUGUCAGCUUUCUAUGGUCGAAAACUUUCAUCUCCUUGAAACCCACCAUGUUCUGCAGGUGUAUUGGACCAAAAAUUUAACAAUACAGGUUGGGAGAGAGUAAGGAAAAAAAGGGUAGGCCUAUGGAACAAAAAUAAAUUAUUAGAAAAAAAUAUAUAAAAAUGGCUAGUAAGCCAUUGAUUUGAUAGUCACUGAGCAGAAUGGUUUUGAAGUGAUAGAUUGUUGUUUUUU